AUGGCGUUCGAGAUGCUGGUAACGAGCCAUCUAGGUAGGGGUUGUUGUAUGCUAUCGAACGCGUUUUUGUUUACCGUCAGGGACCGCAGUAGGUCGUUCACGGGUCUAUCGUAAUAAGCGUUCGGAGGCUGCGGUCGGGCUCGGGCGAUCGGUCGGCCGUAAUAACAGCGAACCGUCCGCGGGUCGUUAUUUCGGGGGAAAGUACAUCGGCGACAGAAAAUGAUAAUAAGCUCCGCGCGGUCGCCGUGUACCAAUGUAUCGGCGCCGGUAGAAUAAAAGAUGUUUCAUCCCCGGGCUCGUUUCCCAUCGGGGUAGUACGGACCUCGCGAUAGCGACCGGGUUUUGUUUCGCGUGCAAAACGACGGCACGUGUGCGUGCGAGGAGCGUCGUGACGGCGGCGUUGACGUUAUCACUCGCGAGGUCUUUGGCGGCGGCGGCGGCGGCGGCCAAAAACGCCGUGUACAGUGUAGUUGGCGGACGCUCCGUCAAGAAAACCGGGGGCGUUUUCGGCCGGGGCGCGACAGACGGCGGUACAGCUGAUCGUCCUCCCCUGCAGGCUGGCCGUGCGGUCGAAGCGGGGCGGUACCGGAAUCGUAUAUAAAUUCCCGUGCGACCGCUCCGAUUGUUCCAGUGCGCGCGUGUGUCCGGUCGCCGUGUCGCCUUUAAUUCUCUCCGUGCCGCCGCAGCAGCCGCAACACGCGUUCCCGACGACGGCCACGACCACGACCACAACUGCAAACGAAACUUCCGGUUAGUCCAUAUUAUACUGCUAUGCGUAAUACAAUAAUACAAUAAUAUAAUGAUAUUAUGCGCGCGUAAAACGUGUUUCGUUAUUUUUGCGCGUUUACUGCGUCGCGUAUUAAACCCGGAAUAUUACAAUAAUUAUUGUACCGCGAUAUUACAAUAUCUUGCGUUAAAAUUACACGACAUUUCCGGCGUGCUUUUGCCCGUAUAGGGACGGUCGGCGCACCCAUCACAAAGCAAUAAACGAGUUUUCCGUUGCCGGAGAACGUGGUUAUUUUAUUUUUUACGAUAAUUUCGGUUCGUUUAACCGUUCGAUAAAAAUGUGUUUUACCGAGCGAACGGCCAUUUUGAUAAUUUGAACGUAAUCCAACUAUAUAAUACAAAAAUUACCAUAAUAAUAUUUCGGAGCGGACGAGUUUCCUAUAAUCAUCCGAUAAUUACUGUUUUGUCAAUCGUAUUGUCCUGAUAUUUCAAUCGUUUUGGCGAAAAGUGUUUCACUUUUCAGAACCUGCAACGUUAUGACGUUUCCGUCCGCUCGAGGUUCAUUGGAUAUUUUAUUAUUAUGUUCCGUGGUUUUUAUUCUGCGGGAUCGUCACACCAGAAACGUUUCCAGGGCGUGGCCCUAGGAUUCCUCGUCCCCUAACCUCGCAUUUUUUUGUUUAAAAAUAUAUAUAUAUAUAUAUUCUAUGGACAAUUACAGACACGUACAAGUGUAUAGUUAAAGAUAUCUACUAUCUAUUACUACUUUAUUAUAUUAAUAGUAUUAAGUAUUAUUAAGCUAUAAAAUAGAAAAUUGUUUUUUGUUAUACAGUUUUCUAAAAAGAAAUAUGACUUUAUUCUCCCUCCCAAACAAGUCUCUGCAGGCGACGCCCCUGGUCACACCCAAAGUGAAUAGGAGCACACUAGAGUGUACAUUAUACCGUAUGAUGUUAUAAUUAUUUAUUUUUAUCGCUACACGCAUAGAUGGGCGCCCAUUGCUGUAGGGGUGAAGAGAGCGGGACAUGUCCUCCCAUGAAGAAUAUUGAACCUAAAAAAAUCGUGAUUUUCUCGUGUCUCCUGACGCAUACAGUAGCCCGGGUAGUUAUCGAUUCACCCUCUCGUAACGGAGCUACCCAGUCAUGAUUCAUAACUCUAUAACAUUUUUAAAAGUCUUGUGUUUUUAUUUCCUUUACAUGUUUAUGAGAUGUGGAAGAACAGUAACGGGACACUUUUUUAUUUGUUUACGACGAUUUCGUCUGUUCUUUUUUCUACUUCAAAGUAAUUAUAGCGCCCAUAGCGUCUAUGAGCGUGGGCGUCUUUGUUCCAGUCUUCGUACACGUUUAGCUCCCGCAUUACGUUUAUUCGGAUGUUAUCGACUUUAUUUCGAGAAGACGGUUUCGACCAUUACAACCAAACAAAAAAAAAACAAACAAAUAAUCACCGAUCUUAUCGCGCAGCAGUAUUUGAAUUGUGUGCGAAUUCAACGAUGUCGGUCCCGUUACUUUUCUACCCGCGUCUAAAAAUUACCUCGCACGUGCAUUUGCGACUGAUCGGCCGUAAAUCAUUUGCGUAUCAUGCAAACCUGUGCCAAAAUAUUGUACAUCGUUUGCGCAUCAACGGCUGAAACUAAAAAACCGCUGAAACGCACUAAAAAUAAUAUUGUAAAGCAAUAUUUGAUAUAUUGUAAUGUCCCAUUAUUUUCACGAAAUGAAACCUAACUGGGUUACCUACACAAUAUUAUUACGGUAGAUAAUAUACAUAUAUAUAUAUUUUAAAACAGAAAUUACUACACAAUAUUUGAAAAUUGAAUAGCAAAUUUAGAGAUGUGUGAAUUUUAAGCUUGGAAAACAACAUAAGUUUUUGGGUAAAUACACCUUUUUUCAGUUUUAUUGUUAAAUAAUAUUGAUGUAUGACUUUUUCACCGGUCGAUGCGCGAACGAUUUUUAACACAAAAAUCGAAAGAUGCGCAACCGUCUUAUAGAAAAAGUCAAAAUUGACAAUAGUGACGCGCAAACGAAGACCGUCCCAACCGAUCACCGGUCCGCACCGGUGUGGUAUUCCGGUGCGGUCGGUCGAAACUACAACACGACCUAUUCAAAUUAAACCGCGAAAGGGACGGGGACAAAACAUUUACACACAAUAUAUAUAUAUACACUGCUAUAGCUGUUUUAAAAGUUUUAGCGCAACUGCUGCCGUGCAAAGCCGGUGCGUGUAUUAAUAUUAAUAUAGUCGGGUGCGGUGUAACGUUAUACACAUUGUUUUACGAGAUCCGCGUAUAUUAUACACUUCCGUUUUACAUCGCGUUUUAUACGAACAGACGCGUGCGCGUACUAUUAUUAUUAUUAUGCGCCCUCGGGUUAUUUUCGCGUUUCGGGCCCGCGGAGUGUUUGGUUUUUAAUACAACGUACACGCAUAACAUACACCUAUAUACAUGUAUGUUAUUUUUUAUUUUUUUAAAAUUUCAAGAUAAUGUUUUUAUUCUAACGAUAUAUCCUAUAGUGAAAACGCGUCAGUCUCGUAAACGUGCGUAUUAUAAUGACAAUUUCGUCGUAAAAUGUAUAACUACAUACUUUAUAUACGUAUAUAUAUAAUUAUAUAUUAUCAUUCUCCCGUGGCAUUUACUUUACGUGCCUUAUAUUAUAACGUUUCUUCUCGAACCGUACGCAAUUUUUAGACGCGUGAGUUUAAAAACCCUUUUACCGUUAUUAAUAUAAUAUUAUGAUGUAACGUUCACGCCGUAUAACAUAAUGAUAAUAUACAGUACCGUUAAAAUAAAGACACUUUUCGCACUGCCGAGGCCCUGUUAAACACCCGUAAUAUAUAAUUUUAAUAAUGUAUUCAUCCUGUUGUAAAGCGAAAAAAAAAUAUGAUACGCUUUUACCCUGGACAGACCGCGGGUAUUAAGAUUUCUCGUCGUGUUAUGUACUCUGCUGUAUACAUGCAACCGCACCGAACGAAACUUUGAAAAAUGUUCUCCGUCACGAUCGACAUUUUUUUUUUGGAAAUCGGCCAGAAUACAUAUUUCAUCGAUAAAAGGGCGAACCACGCCCCCUCCCUCAAUUUCACACACCCGAUCGCGUUGUAGUUUAUCACAUAGUUUUGUUAAAACUUGAACAACUUGUAUUCAGUGACUAUAAUAUCCUUUACAUAAUAAUACUUCUAUAUAUUCUCACGAAUUUAGAUUUAUACUCAUUCGCGUAUCCGAUAACCCAUUUAAAAAAUUACGAUUACAAGAAGUGAUUUAGAAAUACAGACUAACAUGUAAUUUUUUCAGUAACAUUAAUGACCCGUACGUGCUGAAAUGUAAAACAUUGUUAAUGUACAAACUAAAUAGUUCAUUGUUUAAACGCCCUGUUCUUUUUUCACGAUUAUUAAAAAUAGUAAUUGGACGUGUGCAGGAUAAACUAGAUCACGUACGUUUCUCCAGCCCCCAAUAGACUUUAUUGUAUUUUUUUCCGCCAUUAUUUUGUGUUUAUUUUGAACGACAUGAUCCGCCAAACGCAAUAAUUUGCACAUGUUUUGGAAUUUGAAAAAAAACCAGGGGUAUUUUUCCCUUCCGAUGAAAAAAUCAUUUUUUUCUUUUCAUUAUUUAGUACUUAACUUGUAGGAAAACCUCGCUCGAGACGGAAGGAUUAUGUUUUCAGGGAUUUCGUGACAAUAAAACACUGAGUACAAUAAAGAGAGGCGUCAGAUGACAGAAAUAGACAAAAGAAUAUUUGCUUGGAGCAGUAGUAGUUUUAAAGUUUGGAAAGGUAGGUGGAUUUCCUCACUCCCUUAGGCUGUAGGUUUUACAAUUUUAUUUUAUUUUUACCAAAAUAAGAGUUUAUUCUUAAUCACCAACUACAACUUACGGUAAACCUCGUAUAUAGUUUUCGAGCAUUUCUGCUCGACUAAAAUCAACCUGCCCACAUAGAACCAAAUGAAAUCGAAAUAAACUUGAACAUUUUAAAUGCCUAUAAAUUGAUCAAAAAUCGCCAAAAUGUAUAAAAAAUGACUCGUCUAGAAAUAGCUUAUAUAAGUAUUGUAUAAAAAUAUCUGAUUUUAUACUAUUAUUUCUAUCUUAAAUUAAAAUUUAAGAAAAAUAAAAAACAAAAAUUAAAUAUAUUAAAAUUGUUAUUGCUAUAUAUUUUCCUAAAAAAUUUUUCGCGGGUUUUUUUUUUUAAGAAAUCUAUAAGGGAAAUCAAAAAAUUAUCGCCACGUUACCCCUUAAAUAUAAGAGGGUUGUACUUAAUUUAUAAUACUGCGGGUCGAGAACUUUUUACAACAACCUUUCAUCCUAUGUAAAAAUCGUUACAUCGUUUGUCACUACUACCCCACUAUACAAUAUACAUGUGAAAUCCAAGGGAAACUUAUAGUUUUCGAGGCGUCCAAUAGAAAAAAAAAAACGAAUGUGUCAAAACGCAGUAUUCAAAGAAAAGCCAAUAAUUAAUAUUUGGAAUAAUCUUCUUAGAAGAAUGUUCAUUCAGGGAUAAUGUGUAAUAAUAAUGAAAAUAAAAGGACGUCGACGUCUACGGACUCCCGAUAAAUUAAAAGCGAAAUCAGGAAAUUGUUUAAAAUUGACGGCAAUAAACCCGAGAGCUCGUACACCGCACUAAUCGAAACGGAUCUACCGUUGCCGCAGGCGCAGCGUGGCAGCGAGGGAUUGCGAAAUUGAAUAUACGGAACUCGUCGACAGGCCCACUAAGCCGAGCAUUUUUCGAAUACUUUUUUUGCGGAUUACUUUGCGGACGCGCGUCGCCAAAUUAAUUUGUCGUUGAAAGUUUACAGCUAACCGAGCACAUCACCGAACGCUGCAGCUAUUAUUAUGCGGUCUUUUCGUCGUCCCAGCGUCUCCUCGCGAUUGUUUAUCGGACUCGUAACGAGGAUUUCAAACCGUUCGAGUGUACAUAACAGACUCUAAUGCUUAUUUCUGGAUAAAAAGUAGAAAGAAAUUAUUUAUAGGCCACUGAAUAGCGCGCAAAGAGUUGGCAAAAAAGUUCAUUUUUUUUUUUCAUUCGUGCGUAAUAUUUAUAUUAAUUUACAGUGCACUUGGAUUUAAUGUCGCAUCUAUAUAAUAUUAUAACACGGCGCAAUUUAGUCGUCAUUUUUUAUUUUUCUAAUAGUAUUUCACUACAAUGAAAAUAUUUAUCAUCAUUUUAUCAUCGGUUGUUGAUCGAUAUUGGUGAAAUAAACUAUAAAAAGGAUCGUCUACAGUUUUAACUAUAGUUGACCGUAGUAAGUACAAUGGAGAGCUAUGCGAUACGAUAAAAUAAGGAUCAAUAACAAGCUUUCUUAAAAGCCAAAGGAUUCCAUUUGCAUUAAGCUAUUCAAUAAGAAGACAUGAUGAUGAGAGAAGUUAUCGAAUGGAAACCUUAAGAAAAAAGACCUAUAGCGGAACCUAGAAAAAGACGGAUUGAAGCGGUAAAAUAUGAUUUUGGAAACCUGGGUAUUGAAAAUUUGAAGGAAAGUUCAGAUAUGACGUUAAUGAAUAAUCCUAGUUAUUAUAAGACGUUAGAAGAGAGAAAAAGAGAGAAAAAAAAAUCACUACGGCAAUAAAGUCAAAUUUUUUCAAUCGAUAACUGUUCUUGGUAAAUAGGAUAGGCUUGUUCCAGAAUUAUUAAAGUUGAAUAUUUUGAAAGUCUAAAAGUCCCCUUCUAAAGGCAAAUGUAGCGUAAAUCGUAUACCGGGGGUACAAAGAUAAUACUUUUUAUAUCCGUGCAUAAUAUGUGUUGGUUUAUAAUACUAUGUAUAUCUAUAUAUUGUUUAUCGUGGAAGGGGGAGGAGAAGGAGGAGAAAAAUCGUUUUCGUUCGGUGGAAACACAAAAACUAUUUUUCAACGACUCGCAUACUGCUUCUGCAGCCAAUACUGUAAUACAUGGUUAUUUAAGUAGUGGCAGUAAAGAUUUUUUUUUUACCCAUUAUUCCGUUACAUUGAAAAGCAACAUUCAAUUUUUUAUCACAAAAGCCGUGUUCGCAUUCCUACUACUGUUCUCACAUGACUGUGGAAAUUAUGUUUUUUUUUCUUUUGUUUACAAAUUGUAAUGCGAUACAAUAUACGCACCGCCUUAGUGCACCUGCGUGAAUAUAAUAAUUUACGAAAACCAACCCGAGAAAGUUUCCAGAAUUAUUUUUUUUAAUUUUUUCAUCGUCGCAGUUUUAUAUAGUUGAACGACGUGGUACAAAUCACAGAGAGGUUUUUGAAAUAGCUGUGUUUUAUCGCUACCGUCCCGAAAUUUCGUAUUCUGCAUGACCAAACCGGAAGUUCUAUACAGCACCGUAUAUAUCACGCCGUCUAGGUCACUUUAUCACUUUCGACACGAACCGGAGUCUAUGGACUGGAAACGAUCCGCCGCCACCGCCGCUGCUGCCGGUAUCGCGGUCGUUCUUGUUCAACCAUAAUGUACGCGCGGUAUAUUAUUUUCGUCGAGAGAGUGCCGGCGCACGUUAAGGGAGAAAAAUAAAAAUAAAAUAAUAAAUCAUUAUAAACCGUGAAGAGUGUCGGUGUUUUUGUCAUGCGAAAUGUUUUCGCGCAGAAAUUUUCGGGGGAGGCGCGCGCGCGCGCAUUUCAAUUAAAACUCCCGAGAAGUACACUCAACGCGGUCACCCGGCGACGGCGUAGACGACGACGUCAAGUGCGGCGCGAUGAAAACGAUUUUUCUGGGGAAAAGUUAUUAUUCUCUCUGGACGCCCGGCAUUGGACUAUGCGUACGGCUACCACGCCUAUAGAUAUACACGGUAUUUUCCAACGCGGGCGGAGAAAAAUUAAUAAACGCCGAGAAACGAAAAAAAAAAAAUAAUCAACAGGAAUUUCGAGAGUGCUCGGCCGACCACGUCCGUGCAACUAUGUGGUCGCGAACUCGUGAUCGCGCGCGUGUGUGCCAGUCGGGGAAUGCAAUAAUAUAUUAUAAUAUAUAUGAUAAUAAUAAACGAAAAAAUUCGGAAAACGCGUCCGAUGCGAGUUUAUUGCCGCGCAUACCGGAAUCGUAACCGGCGCCAUUACCCGGUAUUUACCGCAACGAAUAUACGCUAAUGGUAUAUACUAAUGGUUUAUACGAACAAUGCGUGUGAGUAAUGCGCACUGCUGCCGAUUAUGAUAUGGAUAUAGAUAAACGAUAAUAAUAUAUUAUCCGUGUCUCCCGAAGUUUAGCAUGCCGAUGGUAUUUUUUCAGUUCGCGUCCGGCGCCGUGGAAAAUAAUAACGCACACACAGUCGUGUAACCAUCGUAUGUGCGUGUAUGUGAAAUUCGGUCACUAUGACAUUUACGGCUUUUUUGUUGGUAAUCGCCGAGUCUAUUUUGCUGCGUCCUAGCGAUACUGUAGUCUUCUCCUUAAUCUCUGGUGCUCGGUUCGGCUCUCACCUUGAUAGUUUUAGGCUUUUCGCGAUAUCCCGCAGCCGCAUAUUUUAACACCGUUAGCCCGUAUUUCGGACACCCCGACUCUUAAUCAAUUCCGGUACUUUCGACGGGUUUGAGGUAGGUUCUCAUCAGGUGCAGGGAAACGUUUAACCGGGAAGACAGGCGCCCGUGCUUGCAAUUCUUCUCUCCAUCACCAUUAUAGUCGGAGUCGUUCUGUUUUGUCAAGCGUCUCUAUUUGGUCAUUCCCGUAAGAAGUUUCUCCAUGAUGAACAUAUCACUUUUAGGUCUUUGCAUAACCGUAUAACAAAAGGUAUUUUUGACCGAAAAAGAAAAGAAGAACACAAGCGCUUGCUUGUUCUUUCCAAACGCGCUGUUCUCUAUAUUUUUAUUUCUGGUAGUGCAAUCCCUGAUAGUAGGUGGAUAUUUCUUAUUGUUGUUGAUCUUAGACAUUGCUACUCUGUAUGUUUCGUGCUACUAUUAUGUAAUUGUAUAUGUCAAUAAUAAAAGUUAGACUGACUUACGGGCUUGAGGUGUAGACUACGAACAUAACAGAAAUUGAGAAAUAAAAGAAUAACAAUAAUUUCAAGGAAAGGGGUCCCAAGGAAAGCCCAGGAAAGAUGAUCGAAUAUGGUUCAAAAGGAUUUGGAUAAUUUAGGGGUACGCGAGGGUAGUGGUGCAUAUGGUGGUGAAAACUUUUGUAAAGUUAUACAAGCCAGAUGAGAAGAAAAAGAAGACAAUAUUAUAAUAUCGGGUCAACAUGAUAAUAUUAUUCCGCAGCACUCGAAACGUGUCAAUUCGUCCGUAACCGAUUGUUUUUUAAUCGAUAUAUUGUAGGUAUAUAGAAUAUAGAUGUAUUGGAUUAAACUCACCGUGUGGGCGGUAGCGAAGGUUGUGGGAGGGGAAGAAUAUUAUAAAAGUUUUACCCCUCGUGAAAUGUUUGAGUUUUGCUGCGACGACGACGGCCAAAAGUUUCUUCCGCAAUGCAUGUUUUUUUUCCUACGAGGCCAAUCGGAAAUCCCGUAAUUUGUCUAACCUCAUCCGAAACUUUCCGCGUGUAGCGUAUUAUAUUGUUCGCACACAACUUUUCGUCUUUUCUCCGCCCCGCCCCAGCAGUCGAAAAAACCACCAUUUAUCGUUUUAAACUCGCACGAUUCCAGCCCGCAGGACUUAAACACGCAAACACGGUACCCGGGGUGUAGACCACUCGUCGAAAUAUCUGUAGGGUGCAAAAAUAGCACUCGUUAGAAUCCAAACUAGACAUUUAUAUUAUUCUUGUCGUGUGCGCCCUUGCUUGCAAAUUUGGUCAUGCCAACAGAUAUGUUUUAAUACAGCUUUCUCUCCAAGGCUACAAUCACUAUCUUUAAUGAUUCCUAAACACAGUGUAUCACUCCAUUUUUUUUUUUUUAUCAAUUUUUAUGAGGAAAUUGUUAUCAAUUUUCUAUUACGUGAACGUUUUAAUUAUUUUCACCUAUAUAUAUAGAUUUUUUCAAUAACUCUUAUUUUUUCUAUCACGAUAACGCCCUGUCUACUGUAGUCAUAUUUAAUUAAUUUCGUUACACAAGACCAUCAGAAAUUCGAUAAAGUUAUUAUUGUAUUUUAUUCUGUUCUCGUAUAGAUCGAAAAUGCGUAGCUUUUCAAAUUUACCGUCCAUAAUAUCAAUUUUAAAUUCCGAUUAAAAAAGUUUUCGAAAAACAAUGUAGUUACGCUAGCGCUACAAUAUUGCACCUCGUUGUUCUCUACAAAUAUAGCAGUGCGAUACUCGUUUUGUUACUAACAAAUUUAUCGUACUUUUAAAUCGAAAUAAAACAUUUGUUGACCACUUUCGAAUUUUAUUCACUUGUUUUAUAAAAUGUCAGUGUUUUGAGAUAUUUUUUGUACCUAUAUCGAAUUUGUCUUUUAAUACAUUUACUCGCCACCGAGGUUUUCGUACCUGCAAGUUAUUAAGCCAGUACUUGAAAUUAAUCUUAUUAUAUCAUUGGACAAUAAUAAUAUCAAAAUUUAGAUAAUAAUUGGCUCGUUUCGUUACUAAUUCGUCACGUAUUUCAGAAUAAUUUUAAUGUAUUAAAGUAAGAUAUUCUAUUUCGUUUUUUGAUACAUUUUUCGAUUUUAUAGGCAUAUUUUAUUUAUUUUUUUUUCAUAGAGGAGAGAGUCGGGUAUUUUUCGGUUUUACUGUUCCAUAAAACUCAUACGACCCAGCUGCUAUAUUAUAACAUCGGGUUAAUCGCCCUUUAUUGUUGCCGUUAUUAUUUGAGAACGACAAUGAUGUUAUUCGCUCGCGAAUUUUCCCGUUUCGUUCCGAUAAGGCCCGGUUUUUCUGCCAAUAUCGCUUUUAAGCGUUCCGUUGUCGUCGUUAUUAUUUUGUGUAUUGACCGUCCCGGAACGACGACGCGACGGUGGCGUCGAACGCCCGCGGCGUCGCGUCGGACCGACCGCGACGCAGUAAAUGCGCCCGUCGCGUCGCGGGGGAAAACUUUCGGAAAAGUCGGUCUUUUGUGCGCUCCCUUUUCAAAAAGAUACGGCGCACGGUGGACAAUAGACUGCAGUCGAGACGGAAAAUGCGCGCGUCUUCAAGGCGACGGAUAUCGGCGAAACGCUCGUAUUCUGAUGAACAAAGUUUUUUUUUCUUCCCCCAUACCGUAGAAAACGAUCCGACGCGCCGAUUCGAAUUUCCGCCGUCGGCACGUCCCGGUGAAUUUAUUAAAUUACCGUGUCGCCGUAUCUAUUUGGUAUACAACGAGUAUCGCAGCGAUAACGAUAUUAAAAUAAUAAUAAUAAUAAUAACGACAAUAAUAGCCGUGCCGCAGUAGUAGGCGUUUGCAGCCGUUUUUCGUUUAUGUUGUUUCGCAUGCCGUCCGAUCUUGCAAUUUCGGGGCGUUUUUUUUUUUGUCCUCUCUCGCUCCCUCUUUCUCUCUCAGCGGUACGUGAUCGGGAUCCCCCCCUCUCGAAAAACCGAUACCGACCGUUGGGAAAAUUAACGUUGCAGUCGUCGACGCGUAUACACGUAUACAAUGUAUUGUAUUACUGUCGACCCGGCCUUCCCCUCCGCGGGACAGCAGCCGUUACGCGGGCGAUACGGGCGCGCGCGACGAAAACAUCUGGUCGUUAUUGGCCAUGACGGCACCGGAAUGUCCGAACGAAUUGAAAAAAAAAAAACACUCCGGGUCUGCUAUACAUGACGUGUAUAAAGAGCAUUGUACGGUAUAGUACGGUAAUAUCUCGUCGUUUUUCGGGCUGACCGAAAUUAUUAUACUUUCGGCGGUCGCGAAACUUGUCGCCGUGUCAUCCGACGGCGUUUAUUAUUGCGGCCGACGUUCCGAAACGAUAUAACAUACGAUCCUCGGAAAACAGACUUGUACACCGUCCAAAAAAAAUUUAAAUCGACCAUCCUCCGCCCCUCUCUCACUAGCAGAAAUGAUUUAUAGAAAAAUGCUAUAUAUGGGCAAAAAAAAAUAAAUUUAUCGAAACCAGACGAGGAUUGCACAGAGGAUACUCAUCCUCUGUGCAAUUAUUUGUCUCAGAAAUGUUAAUAAGCAGACGUUCUAUUUACCAGAUUCCCGAGUCGAUUCGUCUAAAUUUGAAUUUGUGCUGUACAGUUUUGAAGACCGGUUGACUGAAUACAAUCUUUACCGUUUUCGGUUUUGACCAAAUUAAACUGAUUUCGAUUAGUGUGAUUUAGACUAAAAUUCAUUUACACUUUUAAGCUUUGGUAGGAGAAGGUAGAAUGCAAUUUUUGAUUAAGCAAAAUUUAUUUUAUUCUGAAACUAAUAAACAUUUAAUCAUCUUUUUUUUGACCGAAUUCAAUCAAGACCGAAGUAAGUCAAUCAACUGGUUUAACCGUAUUUUGACUGAUUUAACUGAAAUUACUGAAUUCAGUCAUGACCGAGUUAAACCCAUGGCAAUCAAACCAGUCAGAACUGGUUCGGUUGACUAGUUAAUAAAAACACCGGUCUGACCAAACAGCACUAAUUUUUGAAUAUUAAAUAUGAUUAUGAUCGAAUUAUAAAUAUCUGUGAGUGUAAUUUUUCGUCAUUACGCGAAUAAAUCGCCAGUGUUACCAUUUUGUCUGCAAUUAUUAAUUAAAAUACAUUGUAAAUUCAGAUAGAUCUCCAGGCGAUCUGGAUAUGCCGUUGUAAUAUAGAUUGAUCAUAUUAAUCUAGAUAAUACGGAAUUUUAGAAUUUUUCAGUCCGCGUGAAACUAUGUUUUAAUCAGGACUUCUAAUUUAUCCGGAUUAAGGGUUCUGGACUACUCAACUACUACAAGUUCUCUUUUUUAUUCAAUCUAUAUAAAUUGGGCACCACUCGGUCUGUGCAUUUGGUCUAUCUCACCCUUAAUUUAGUUAAUCUAGAAUAUUUUGCCACAAGAAUCUCUAAUUACGUCAUUAGUUGCUAUGUCAAUAAUUAAAAAGUAAUCAACGAGAUUAAAUUUCCGAGAUUUUUAUUUUUUUAAAUCUGAUAAAUCAUUUUACGUGAAUUAACUGUUGGUUAUAUGGAAAAAAAAUAAAAUCGAAUCAGUUUUUAAACUUUAUACACAUAUUUUUUUCGGAUGACUUUUGUUUCUUGAAUAUACCUACAUUAAAUGCACACGAGAAUAUUAAUUAGAUUGAAGUGCAUUAUUUCUUCAUCGUUACAUCAAAUACGAAAAGGAUUCUAUUUGUAUAGCCCCUCCUUUAAAAACAUUACAUUAGGUAUUGUCAAUAACUCACAAUCGACUUAAUGCAUAUUUUUACUCUUCGUGUGGAUAAAUAAAAGUCCUAAUAACCUAAACAGACAUUAAUGUUCUUUUUUUUUUAUUAUUAUUCGAAAAUAAAUUAUAAAUUUGCGUUGAGUAUACAGUAUAUAUAUAUAUAAAAUUGAAGUAAAUAAAUAAAAAAAAAUUAUAUUGAUCAUGGGUAGGUCAUUGCAGUUAUUUACAAGGUAGGUUAUAUCUACAGAGUAAUUUAGUUUGUUUAGUAUACUAUACGCAACGAUUAACUAUUGCAAACGAAAACAAGUCUGAGCGGAGUAUAGUAUUAUUGGUGUUUUCUCCUUGUUUUCAAUGUAGCCCUACAGAAAUCAACAAAAAUCAAACAUCAAAACAAGAACCUAAAGAGUGAACUAACUGUUAUCGAUAAAUAUGUCAAAUAAAUAGUAUACCACAAGGCAGUAAUUGAUAUGGCACUAUAAAAAACCUAAGCAUAAAAAAAAAAGUUGUUUUCAACAAAAUAUCAUUAAGAUUAAUUUUUCAACAAAAUUGUUUUAAAUAACUAGAUGAAAAUUCGAACCUUUUUAGGUAUGAGUGUUCGACAACAAAAAUUCGGAUCGUUUUUACUAAUCGUAAAGGUCUUUUCAGAGGGGAAAAGGGGGAGGAAAAUAACUUAUUUGUAAAACAAAGAGCUCAUUUUUUGUUUUGCUCAGAAUGUAAUAUAGAAUAGAAACGUAUAUCAACAAAAACACGUUAACUAAAGGAACGAAAUAACUUUACUACAGUUUUAAAUAAUUUCCACACAAAACCACAGUAACGGGUAACAUCGUCUUUUUUUUUUUUUUAUCUUUUUUCAGACCUCGUAUUUUUAAAAUUAUAACCAUAUCGUUUUAUAUGCGAAAGGGGGUUUUUUUUUUCAUUGUAAACCUAUAUUUUUUCAAUACACUCCAAGUAUCUGUCGGAGAGCCUAGACGAGUGCACUACAAAAAAGAGAACAUAAACGCUAAUCUCUUCUGUACAUCGACACGACGCACGCGAACGACAUUAAAUCGAUACGGUCCUCGGAAAAAUAUUAUAAUGCAUUUUAACUAAGAACCGCCGACACUGCUGCCACCGCCGCUGCCGUCAUCGUCGCUUCCGUGCGGUCUAUUAACAAAUUUAUUUCCGGUCCAUAAAACGAGAUUUCACGCAUCCCCUGUUCCCGUGCUCGCUCCCAUCUCUCAUGCGGCCUGAAAACGGUGUCUAUCAAUCGUUCGGCGUCGACAACGGUUUCGGAAUUUUUGGUUUUACUACAACAUGCGCUUUUGUGUGUACGUGUGUGUGUUUUGCAUGCGUGUGCGUGUGUGCGAGUAUGUAUGUGUGUGUGUGUGUGUGUGUGUGUGUAUAUUUGCGAACAACUUUUCUACCAGAAAUCUUGAUUCAAUAAAAAAACGACGAAAAGGUUUGUUUUUUUUCCGAUAUUUGAGAUUUAAUUGGUGCACUAAGGCAGUAAUUUUUUUGAUUUUCCUCGCAGUUGUUAAAAUAAUUGAAAAAAACCUCGGACAACCGUAUAGGAUAACGAACAAGAUUACUUCGAUAUAACGAUUUGAUUAUUUAAAUGUUUUUGAUCAGUUGUUAACCAAAAAUUGUCUUCCGAAUUGCGUGCAUUUAUAUAAGAAAAUGUCUAAUUGAUGAGUAAAUAGGUCGUUUUUUGAUUUUCUUUUAAAUUUUCUAAAUAAUUCGAAAAAACAGAAAGUUUGCGGCAUUAACGGUUUCGUUAUUUUCAAUUUUGUUUUUAUUAUUGUUAUUUGGUUGAAUAUAACUAUAAAGACCAAAUACUUUCACAUUAUAUUAGCCUUUUUACUUUUUUUUAGACAAGAUGAUAAAAUGUUAAAAACAUUUUAAAUUUUUUUUUUUAGUUUUUAUUUUAUCUUAUGUGAUUAAAAUUGUUUUGACUGAGCGGAAAUAUUUGACAAUCGUACACGAUGUUCAUUAUAAAUUUUACUUAUAGUGCUAAAUAUAGUUGAGCGAAAUAUAGAAUUUUUUUUAUAAAUAUAUUUAAAGUUUUCUGUCUCAUAUAAUCUUGUCAUCAAAUUCGAAGCAAUGACAGGAUGAUGUUCUCGAACCGAUCAUCUAAAUUCUCUUUGGGUUUUUCGUUUUCCGAUGCAAUCCGUGGGCUCGAGAUUCGUUUACUGUGACGAAUCCAAAAAAUAAAAACCUUACAAGUACGGAUGACUAAUGCAAUUUAUAUUUUCCGUGCGAUGUUUUGUCUUCACCUGGAUUUUUUUCUUUAACAAAACGUUCAAGUACAAAAAAAAAAAAAAAAAUGAAAAAUAUCUUCUUUGAAAUCCCAAAAAUCGAUUAUUUUACAAUCGUACCAUUACAUUAUAUUAAUAUAUCGCCGAUAACGUAGUAAGAGGAUUACAAAUCCCGAGCACUUUGUCUAUUAUUAGUAUUUAGUGUAGUGUAUUUAUUAUAAAACGUCGAUCGAAGAAAAAAAUACGUCAGGCAGCGAGGAUAUUAUUACUAUCAUCAUUAUUAUGUACUACCGGACGCCGCGAUAAGCUACUCGACAAAUGAUUCCAUUGGCUUAAUAUUCCACUAAUAUUAACAAUACUCGAUUAUUGAACGGAAAUUUUCGAUAAAAUAUUUUCCUAACCGAAUCUCUCUCUGCCAAUAUAUAUAUAUAUAUAUAUAAUGUAUACCACUCACUAAUCUGUAUCAGAACAGAAAAAAGUGACAUCCAGAUGAGUCCGUGCUGUCCGUUUUACAUCGCACGAUAAAUUACGAGCUAUAGAAUUGAUUAUAUUUUGAAUUAUAAAAUGGUUAGAUAUUAUUAGAUAUUACUUGUCUUGUGUGCGCAUUUAUAUUCUAAGAGAAGUGAGGAACGUAUCGGUUUUAUAAUGCAUUUUCAUUCAUGCGUGUGAACGACUUUUUUUUACCAGAAAUCUUGCUCUAAACAAAAACCGUCAAAGAGGUUUAUUUUCGUAUAGAAUUUUUGAUCUUUUUGGUACGUUGAGGAUAUCAUUUUUAGAUUUUCUUUGUAGUUUUCUUAACAGGUAAACGGGAAAACAUGUUAAUUGACGUGGGUAAUUUUUGUUGAUUCUUAGGGUAUACCUUGGUAAAAAGGAAAAAAAUACGAUACUAUUAAUAAUACUCUGCUGGGAAUUGUUUUUUUUUUUUCUUAUCAAUAGCUUAACAUCGUGUACUGAUAUCAAUUAAAUUAUUAUGUAUAUAUAUGUGUGUAUCUUACCUUCAAACUUCCCUUAUAAUUUCCCUAAUUUACGUUUGCCGUUGAACGAUUCACAUUUUUACCCAAUUAACGGUUUGAUACUAACAAAUAUUAUCCUGGGAAAAAUUAUUUUCCAUGUAAAAUCUUUAUUAUAUAUGUACCCCAGAUGUAUAAAACAAUCCUAUUCGAAAAUCUGUAGCUUUGCAGACAAUAUUAUUAUAUCAUGUGGGCAAAUCAUAACGUAUUCAUUAAUCCAUGUGUAAUGGUUGUUUAUGCUACGAAUUGUAUGAUAAUAUAGAUAAAAAUCAAUCGAAAAUUGUUUAUUCUAUUAAAUCACGUAAUUCAUAGUAUAUAUCUAAACAGAUAAUGCGUGGUUUAAUCAAUAAAAUUCACAUUUUUAGGCGGCCAAUGUAGCCGCUGAUUCUAGGCCUCUAAUGGGAUUCUAUUGUGUAAAGUCAGCUAUCAAUUAGUUUUUUUUUUUUUUUUUAUAAUAUUCAUACAUAUAAAGUUACAUACGUAAACCGAUUGUACAUUUUUACGGUUUUUGGUCUGCGUAAUUUCGAUAAAACAGCAAGGUACGAUAAGAUAUUUUUUUAAUUGUAAUGCAUCACAUGCUCGCGUCUCACUUUAAAAUUAAAACAUUUUAAUAAAAAAAAAAUAAACUUAUGUCUAAAUACAAAAAAUAAUAAAAAUGUGCUUAUCUUUAUGUUUAACAAUUAACGAAAUUGGGUCCAUAUGCCGAACGAAAACUUGAUAUUAUCUAAUUUCCAACGUUAGCCGUAACAUUUGUGUGACAUUAUUAUAACGACAAAAAUAACGAUUCUGACCGUAAAUUCGCACGGACCGGGUUUCUCGAUAUCAAUCGUCAUCGUCACUCAUAGGCCCGAAUGACAAUCACACCAAACACAUAAUAACAUAAUCAUAAUAAUAAAAUUAAUAAUCAGAAAUUUCCAUCCGAAUUAUUAAUAUCGUUCCAUUACGAAAAUAAUAAUUGUGUUGACACGGCGUGAUUAUUUUUUGUUUUUUUUUUUUUUGCGUCCCUCUUGUGUAUACCCGCGCACAUUUCCAUCCUCUCCGCGUUAUAUCAUAAUUAAUCGUAAUAAUAAUAUUAUAAUAUUCUCUAAUUUUCUUUUUUCUUUUCGCGCAAUAUAAACGCGAUGGAAGGAAAAAAAUGUCAUUAUUUUUUUUUAAUUAAUUUUUGGACUCGAAGAGUUAUGUUUGUGGUUCCUCGGAGAUUUAAAUAAAUCCGCACAACAAACACCGAGCAAAGGUGAAAUUUCUCAUAUUUUUUUUCAUAUAAGAUAGUCAUUUUUUUUCUUUUUUUUUAACACGAGCUGAUUUUUAUAUUUAAUAUCAAUUAAAAAUAAUAUAUUAACGAAAAUAUUUGCGUUUUUUUUUCCUUUUUUUUUUAACAAGUGUUGAUUUUUAUAUUUACUAUCAAUUAAAAAAUUUAAAAAAUUGUGUCAUAUGCUCACGAAGAGGGCAAAAAAAAAAUUAAUUUUAUCGAUCAAAAUUACUAAUUAAAAAUGGUACUGUUUAUAUUAUUGAUAUGACAUCAAUGAACGAUAUCAAAUAUUAUUUUAGCGUGACCCGAAAACGAAUUCAAAAGUGUUCAUUUAAAUGGCAUGCAAAAGAAAAAAGGUUUACACAAUAAUAUCUACGUAGUGUAACGAAACAAUAAGUUAUAACAUCCAGAAUUUAAGUCCGGAAAGUCAAGUCUGACGGUUGUGCUCGAUUUCGAUCGAAAAAUACAAAAAACGUUUAGCGUCACCAUACGCGUGCGGUAUAAAAUAUUCGUUUAGAUUACGUACCGUUUUGUCUGUAAACGGAUUUUUGUGUUUGUAAUAAAUUUGACGUUUUUUUUUUUUUUUUUUUUUUUUUUUUUUUUAUUAUUAAUUUUUUCUCUGUUGUGUUUUGCAGGUGCUGUGGGAGAUGGUGGUGAAUCGGCCGAAGACAAGGAGAAAAACGCUGAAGCGGAACGUGAACGGUUGGAGGCUAUCCGGGAGGCCGAGGAGAGACGCAAAGAGAAACACCGCAAGAUGGAGGAAGAACGGGAGAAAAUGAGACAAGAAAUCCGAGAUAAGGUAAAAUAAUAACAAUAUGUAUAAUGAUGUUAAACUUUAGUAGAGGAGAGAUAUUUCGGGGAGGGGGCGACAGCGUUCGUUGGGUAUGAUGUAGAACGUAAUAAUAUGGGAUAGUAAAACUCUCUACCCUCGGCGGCAGCGGUGGCGACCGAAAUUUCGGAAUAUCUACAGCAACCGUUAUGAUGUAUACACUACACGUUAUAUUAUAAUAUUGUUUUGGCCGGACGACAACAAUAUAUAAUAUAUUGUUGGUAUUAUAUAUGAUACCCGACCCCGGCGAUAAACGAUAUUUCAGAGGUGAAAGGGGACGCAUACGGUCUCCCUUUGUUUGUUAUGUACCGCGGUUCAGACGAAAUCUCCUCGGAUUUCGGGGUAAAAUCGAGCUUGAGGCCAUGAUAACCCGAUUCAAUAUUCCAACCGAAAAGGCUAAAUUUUAGGCGACCACGUGGGUACUUGUAUAUAGUUAUAGAUUCCGAACGGUCAGUGUUUAAAAUUACUUGCGGAUGGUAGAUUAUCCGGAAAAUGUGUUUUCUUCUAAACAUUUUUCUAUUCGAUAAUAACAUUGUAUCUUGUAACAUUGUAACAUUGUGCUCAGAAACAAGGCCUUUCCAAAAAAAUAAAGCUGAGUGUUUUCGAAGACAAAAUUCGCGAACUAUUGAAUGGAGGGUAAUAGAUACAAUCGAAAACUCUUGCCGAAGCUUUUUCAACCUCAUCACAAUAGAAAUGUUAGUAGGAAAUGAAAUGGUUAGGGUAUGCGUGACGGAAUUUAGGGUUCGAUAAUAAGGGCUGUAAUCGAAAACAAUCUAACAGGAAACCGACUUACUAAGAAGACCUUGACGAGAGGAUUUAGUUGUCAGGGAUUUAGAAGCGGUAGAACAAUGUAGAGAGGUAAUGAAGGACGGAAAUAUAUAGAGAAGUAUUUGCUCGAAGGGCUGUUCUUAAAGGAAGCGUAGUGCAAUCCAGCUUUCCCGGAGAACAUGUGGAGAGGCUGUAAUAGAGAUAAUAUUUGACGUAUAUAUGUAUAUAGGGUAGAAAAUCAUGCUCUCCUUUUUAAAAAAAGGCCCGAAGGUUCGGAAUUGGCCUUAAGUUUCGUAUUUUAAACCGGAAGAUUGUCUCCUGGAUUUUAUAUUUUAAUAUAGUAUAGACAGUAGUCAUAAACGCUAAUUAUUGGUUAUUUCGAACGAUUUUUUGUACACAAAAAAAUAUAAUUGCCUCGUCAACCUGCGAACUACAAAAGAAUAAUGUUAUUUUAAGACGACGAAUGGUUUUUAUUUUUCGCGGGUUACUCAAAAAAAUCCGUUAAUUUCUAUUACCUACUUAUAUAUCGGAUAUUGAACGCAGAUUGUAGAUACUAAUGCCAGUGGGUCAUUAUUCUGAUUUGCCAAGAGUUUUCUGGAAAAUAACGAAAACAAAGGAAAUAUUUAUUACGACACGCACUCGAUUUUCAAAGAUUUCGGUUGUUUUCAAAAUAAAAUAAUAUCCUAGGCAAUCCCGGAUUUUUUUUUAUCGGUCAUUUAUUAUUCUUUACGAUUAUACGAUUUUCAAAAAAAAAACCACGAUUUGUAAGUAAACCGAGAUUUGUUUUCGUCGAAUUAUGUUUAACAAUCGAAAAAACUCGUAUGAAUACAUAUUGUGUAUUAUUAUACACAAUAUGCUUUAUUAUAAUAUGUAUAAUAUUAUUAUACAUAUUAUUUGUUUGCAAAAAAAAAAAAAACAUUUAUUUUUACAUAAAUAAUUGUUUUGCACGAAAAAAAAAAAUAUAAAUCACCGUAAAUUUUAUAACAGUUCCUUUUUAACAUAAUAAUUAAUUUACAAUAUAAAUAAACGUGUACCUACCAUUCACGAUAUGUUUAUCAUUUCGUGAUUUAAAUUUAAAAAAAAAAUAAUAAUAAAAAACUAAUUUUAAUCCACUAAAGGAUUGUUGUGCGAUGAACAGUCCGGGUAACUCAUCGUUUUUAUCUCUGUGCCAUAUUUUCUGACGAUGCAUACCAAUUAUAUUAUUAUUACAACGUCGCUGCAAAUAUACAUAAUAAUGUAUGACAAAACAAUUAUACUUUGAAAAGUUUUAAUUGCAUUCGUCGUCGCAGUGUACUGUACCGAAGAUUUCUAUUAUGCUUUAUAACUAUAUACAUAUUAUUAUAUUUAAUAAGCGAUUUUCAUAACCGCCGUUAUGUUUCGGGCUUUUUCAACAGCUCUUUUCCAGAUCUUUUAUUUAUGUAUAUAUGUAUAUAAGUAGUAUGUGUGUGUGUGUGUGCUGGGGGGGGGGGGAAUAUAAUUAAACAUAAUAACGUGCAUAGAACUCAAAAAAGAAACGGGCUGAUAGCAGAAACGGAGAGAGGGUGAGAGAGAGUUAUCUAUCAUAUUUCAAAUGAUUUAAAUUUUUUCCGAUUUGUUAAAUAUAAUUUAAAUCGAUCAAAAUGACAUUUGUUUUUUCAUUGACUAUUAAUUUUGCGGAUUUAGUACUAGUUAUACGAAAACUGACGUAAAAAUAAUACAAAACGAGCGCGAGCAUUAAUAUAAUAUUAAACUUAUUUACAUUAUUUUUAGUAUAUUUAUAAGUAUUUAAUGCCGGUAUUUGUAUUUUGUCCAAGUAUUAUUAUUUUAAUCGUCAACGUCGAAGCGAACGAGCGGAGAAAGGAGAAAAAACCUGCGUACAUUUUUUUUUCUGGCACCACCCACCGUCGUGUUUCACACCCUCGUUCCUCCUCCUGCCCCGUUGUCCCUUAAUAUUAAUGGAAAUUUAAUAGCGCCCAAAAAAUGUUUUACCACCGCGAAAAAAUAUCUGGUUACUGCGAAAAUUGUCUCGUCGAGUUUGCUUUUAUGUAUACGUUUAAAACGUUUUUUUUAUUUUAUACGAACAUAACAUUAAAAUGGAAAAAAAAGCUACCAUAUUUCGUGGCGAAUAAUAAUAACACAAUAAUAUACUCGACGCUCCGACAACGUGAAUAAACGUCAAAAUCCAGGAAAAAAAUAUCGCAAAUUGCGUUACGUUUUUACACGUCUUCGCACAGCAAAUGGGUGCGCGGGAGAUAUCGAAACACGGUAUAUCCGCAGAAAAUUAUCGUUACACGAGUUCCGACCGGGGUGAUUAAGAGUCCUAUAUAAUCGUUUACGACGAAAUAUUUUGUUUUUUUUUUUUUAGAUUCUGGGUGGAACGAAGAAUGUAUGUUUUUUUUUUUUGAACAAUUUUUCUACUUGCAUUUUUUCUCUAAAAAAAAAUCUGACUGUGUAUGUACUUUAAGGAAGUAAUUUUUUGCUCUGAAUUCAAUAACCCUAUAACAUUUAAACAAUUAUAUAUAUUUCUCAUUCAUGUACAACACGAAUAUGCCCCAAUAAUCUGGGAAAAUAAUAGUGUUGGACGACAUAGUAAUGAAAUUGAAGGCAUCCAAAACAAAGUUAUCCGGUUUAUUUGCUUCGAGUGUAAAAUACCAAGGAUCCCCCACUCUGGCUAUGCUGAAAUUCUAAAUUGUUUAUAUUUGCAAUCGUUGAAAGUAAAGGGACAAAAUUCGUACGUUUCAUUUAUUAAUAAACUACUAAAUAAUCAUAUCGACGACGACUCUUUUCCUCAUUAAUUUUAAUCUAAACCCACAAAAUUAUAUGCGUAAUCAAGAUUUAUUUUAUAUUCUUUUUCAAAGUAAAAAUCACUCAUUUCAUUCUUCUAAUACUGUUUUAAUAUCUACGGAAAUAAAUUAGUGAUAAUAAUAUUUUAUUUAUUCAAAUGUUUUACGUGUAAAUCCUUUAUAUUGUAUAAUGAUGUAUUUAAGUUUUGUUAUUACUUGCUAUUCUUAUUCACCGUAUUAAUAAUGUUUUUGUUAAUCAGACAUUUGUUCGUAAAUAUAUGUAUUAUUAUUAGUCUGAUAACACGUAGACAUGAUGGUCUUUUGUAAUCGCACGUCUUAUUGCCGUCAUUAAGGAUCCCUGAGCUCAAUCCGUGCGUUUGCUCAAAAACACACUUUACACGUGAAAAAUUAUCGUGCCUCAUCCAUACAGUAAACCGAUUUCGAUUAUGGCUAUUUUUUUUUUUCUGAUAAUCCACCGACGUCCACCAAAAUAUUUUGAAAUUUCAAAUUCUCCACACUAUAUAUACACGCGUAAUAAUAGUGCCGUCGCGGUCGUAACACAAAAACGAAAGAAAACAAAACUCGCCGAACGACGACUAGUAGAUAGGAAAUAAACGAAAACGCUGUCGUCGCGGCACGCGUGACAAGACCGGACGUGCGACAAAUACGAUACGAAUCGCGGUAGACAGUCCGACUGAAUGCGGAGAAAUCCGCCUCUGGUUUCCGUUUCGAUGACAACCGUGUCCGGGUAAAAAACGACCGUUGUAGAACCGCUUACCGGGUGUGCCGGCGGGGAGUCGAUAACAACCAUUUCUACCGCGUUGUCAUUUCCGCAAUGUACCGACGAACUAUCGAUAUUCGUUCACUAUACGGGUAAAUGUCGUUUUUUUUCGCCAAUAAAUUUCAUAUAGGUACCUACGCUAUAAUAGUUACUGCCAAAUUUAAACCGCAGGACGGAAAUCGUUUCACGGCGGCACACAAAUCAAAAAUCGAAUUUCAGUAGAAAGUUAAAUGGCUGCAGUAUAUAUAUACGAUAAUGACAUUAUGUGAAAAGCAACCAACCCACAAAGGUACUAUGAUAUAGUAAUAUUUGGAUAUAAUUGAAGUUUUAUAAAAUUGUAUUUUUUUUUUUUUAUAUUUAUAGUUUGCUAAAUUAUAAUGUAAAAUGGUAAUAAUCUUUUUUGAAUAUAUAGAAAUCUAUCAAGUCACUUGGAUUGAUGUGUGAUAGAGCCACUUUUUUAUAUUUUCAAAACCAUUACAAAACCAUGUAUCAUGGAUGUAUUGUACAAUUAUGGAUAUUAGAUAAAUCAUUCAGUUAGAUUUUCGAACAUUGAUAAAUAAAGUUACACUUCAACAUCGGUUUGGUUAUUUUUAGCAAAAUGUGUAAUUUGACAUUGUCUACCUAGUUAAACAAAAAUCUAGAUUUACAAAUUUUGUGCGUUGGUUGCUUUCUGCAUACAUUGUAUUAUGUAUGCCUGUUUCCCGUAAUCGUAUCGAAUUAAGACUGCUUUAACCUUUAAUUCAAAUAUCGGUACGAUAGAAUUGUUCAUAAUUUCUAAAAUAAUUGUUUGUCCGUAUUUAGGCAGCUACUACCUCUUAAAACCCUAUAGUGGAUUCCACUGGUGUGUUUGACUUUUAUCUGCACAGCGGUACACAAUGAUAAAAUCAAGCCAAUCUUGCGGUUUAAAUUCGAGCCAUAAAAUUUAUAAACGCUAACAUUCGAUUACUCGAAAAAAAAUACAAAUAUUCGUUACCUUUUGACAGUAACAUAUAAUUUUACUUAAUAAAUGAACAAUAAUUUAAAUUUAAAGUCGAAUUGUUUUAUUAUUAAAAGUAAAAAUAUAAUAAAUGAAAACAAUGAUUUUAUUGAUUAAAACUAUAUAGUUCAAAGGAAGGAUGGAGGGGUGGGGUUUAAAUAAUAUUCAAUUAAAAGCUAAUAAAAAUAAAUUUAAGUUAAAAUUAAAAAUAAAUAUUUACUCAGCCCGGUUAAAAAAGUUAAUUAAAAACCCUAUUAAAUUGUACAUACAAUAUACAAGUUUGAAUUAAAAAAAAAAAAAAGAAUAGAGACUCAAUCAUUCGAAUCUUCGACCCAUUCGCUUUACUUAAGUUUUAAAUUUUAAGUUUCGAACACCUAAAAAAAUAAAUAAGAUGUUUGAAAAUUCUCUGAAUUAACCACGUUGUAUUUAUUUAGUGCACGCUAAAUUGUACAUCGAUAUAUCAAAUUAAAACGAAAUAACCCUAUUAAACAAUUAGUCAAAAAAUCUAUCGAUAAUUUAAAAAUCAUCCGUAAAACAGCAGUAUUCCCUCCCCUUAUAGAGUUUAAAAAAUUAUAUAAAUUGCGUGAAACCGAAGAGAAAUGUAUAAACCCGUUCUCGAAUUUAUUUUAAAGAAAGUAUCGUUAUCGCUUUUCGUGCAAUUUUGGAUUUCGGUCGGUUUUUUUUUCAGUCACCCUCCUGCUGUCGCGAAAUUUUGGCUACGCCACUGUGUGAAACUAAAAGACCUAUAAUAUAUUAUUUAAACGCAUAAUAUAAACGAUACUGUUGUAAAAUUACGUCUCGACGCGUGCGACAUGGCCAGAUGCCAAUAUUAUCCGAAUACGGAACCGUUUUACAUUUUGGCGAGUCGCUAGGGAUAUCGUCCAAUGUAGAAUAUAAAUUAUUAACGCCAAAACGUAUUAUAAUAAUAGUAUUAUACUAUUAUCCCAUACCGUAAUGCCACCGACGAUAUUUCGUUAUCUCGCGGCUAUAUUUGCUUUUCCGUUGUAUUUGAUAGAUACGCUUUUCUGUGGGAAGAGGGUGGAGAGAAAUCGUAUAAACCGAGUUUUCGUCGGCAUAUAUAUUCACAGCCCCAGCUUAUUACCGGGAACAACCUAAUCGAAUAACCUAACGAGAGAUAUGCGUACGUACUUAUUACAUUCUUCUUCAAAAGUGCAUCAGUCGUCGACCAGCAGAAAUUCGCAUAAUUGAAUUUGUGCGGCCGGGCACAACGGCGGCGCUGCGUACUACCCCGUUUCGAAGUGAAAUAAAAUUUUUCUAAAGUUUAGCUAAACGAUAAUAAUAUGUUUUUUUUUUUUUUUAUAAUUAAAUUUUGAACGCUAUGAAUCUAUCUAUCUAUCUAUAUAUAUAUAUAUAUAUACAUAAUUUAACGAAUCUAUCCGAACCCGUAUGUGCGGAUUUUGGUAGGUACGCCAUCGGUAUAGGAACUUAUAAAUAAAUUAUGAACAACUUUUGUAUAUACCUACCGUUGAACGCAUUUUAAACAUAAUAAAAAUUAAAGGUUACGCACUAAACACGUUAUAAAUUUACAUUUUUCGACUGUACACAUAGGUAUGGCACAGAACGUACUGCGUGUAAACCUUUUCGUAACAAAUAAUAUUUAAAAAAAAAAAAAAACCAAUUCAGUUUAUUUCGAUCGAUAAUACGAGAAUCGGCUCGAAACUGUCUAAUCAGGGAGAUAUUUAGGGGAAUCUGGGGUGGCGUUGGUCCCGGGUGCUAAAUUUCAAGGGGUUAUCAUUCAAACUGUGGUAAAAUAGAAGUUUUUUUUUUUUUAUAAACACCGUCCUCCAGUUUAUACCCGCUCAGUAAGGCCUAAAGUAAUGUGCUUUAGAAUCUAAAGCGUACAGUACAAAACGUAAAGUGUGCAGUUUGAAAUUCUAAAGUAUUCUGAAAAAAAAAUGCGUUGUCUUAUGAGAGGGCGCUAAAAUAACAUUGCCCCAGAGCACUAAAAAAAAAUUACUGCUUUACGUCACCGGAUGAAAUCGAUAAAUGAGAAUUUGCGACUGACAGAGAAAUUACAGUCGAGGUCGUAAUAAAAUCCUAAUUCGUACAUUGAAGUCGAGCGGUGCCGAAUCGUAUACAACGUUUAUGUGUCGUGGGCGCCGUAUUGUAAUAAUAUACACUUAAGGUGUAUACGCGGAGGCCAUGAGGAAAUUUCUGAGUUUUACUGCGAGUAUCGCUUACAAUUUCGUUUGCGGUAUUGAGUAUAUUUUAUUUCGUUAUGAAAAAAAAAAAGUGUUAAAUAUUUGGCAGCCAUGUAUAUUUUGAAGGUGGAGACAUUGUUCGUAAGUAUCCACUGCGUUUUGACUCACCCGCCCAUUGAAAAAAAAAAUCUCCACGAGUAGACAGACCAGUAAACCAUUCUCUUGACUUUUUGUUAUUCUAUAACCUAUUCACUUAUACAUCUUCUUGCCAGCGAGAGUAUUUCCUAAAGAAAAUAUAAUAUUUUAUUACAAAAUCUACUGAUUCGAUACUUUAUCAUAUCGACAUGGCCUUCAAGGACAAAUAAUGUAUGAUGUUCAUUUUUUUUUUUUUUUUUAAAUCGAUUGUAUACGUCCAAUCAGGAUAACUAUAGGUUCUCUUAACGACUUUGCUAUACAUAAAGUAUUCAAAAUUAUGAUAGUUAAAUGCUGAUUAUAAUUAUAAUUAUACCUUUACGUGAUAAUAUUUGAUAUUUUAUGAGCUGAUUAUAUUUUUUAACACACAGAAUGAUCGAGACGAAACAAAUUCUGGCACACUUUUGAUGUUAAUUUUUAGCGGACAAAUGUAACAUGUCUAAACAUGCAAUAUUGACAUAGGUAACGGAGAAUUGUAAUUUUGGACAAUAUUUGUAAUAACUUAAUUAUUAAACAGUAUAUUCACUAAGAUAUCAACCAUCAUUUAAUUAUUGACACAAUAUAUCCACUCAGAAAUAAAAAUAAAUAUAUAUAGUUCUGGUUAGGUUUAACACUCAAAUUGUAUUAAAAUAUUAUUUUACGGUAAGUUUUACAUCAUGUUUAAUUUACAUAUAAGUAAAAGAAAAAAAGAAAACUAAAAGUAUUUAAAAAAUAUAUGUGAUAUAUGGUAUAUAUAUAUCCUGUAAGCUAUCGAUAUAUUUUCUAGUGAACACUCAGUUAUCUUAUUCUACUGGUCGUACCGUUGGGCUUUAUUGUGUUUCACACAUUCGGCACAAAAAAUCUUCUUAAAAAAUCCAGUGUCUGACAGCAACGAUUUAAACUAUAGUAGUUUAUGUAUCAACAUUUCGUUACAUUUUUGUUUUAUUUAUUAUCAUUUCCAGUCGUUUCUCUGUCGUGUUUUUUUUUUGUAGCAUGCUGUUUAUUUGUGGAAGUUCAAAUUUGUUUUUAUGUCAUAUAAUAUAUUCGUCUAUCGUUCACCGAAAUUAUUCGUGAGCGCAAUAUUAACUACGUACAGUUCGACUAUUUGAAUAAUAAUAAUAAGAGCAGUCAGCAAUAUGUCCAGUUGAGCAUAUUUAUUUAAACUGAACACGAUAUUUGUUUACACUAACCGACGUUUCAGAACUCGCGUGUAUAAAUAUAUUAUAUAUAUGUAUAUAUGGUCAACUCAUAUGGUACUACUAGUUAUUUGUAUUCGACGUUUGAAACACAUACUGUUGAGUAUCGUUUUUAUUUAUUUAUUUUUUUUAAUCAACAUGACAAAAGAAAGUUUUAUUUAAUUGGUGCACUGAGCGGUUGUUUCUUUUUUUUUAUUAUUAAUAUUCUUUCCUUGAAGAUUUUUUAAAAAUCGAGAAAACCAUCGGAAAAAUUUAAAAGCUUACGGAAAUAACAGUUUCAGUAUUUUAAAUUUUGUCUUUUGUUGUAAUAUAGUAACAUAUUUCUGAAAUAGACUUAUUGAUAUUUUCACAGAAUUCUUAUACAUAUUAUAACCUUUGACGUAGUCAAAUUUUCAAAUCAUUCUUUUGACUUUUGAGUUAUUCAUUUUUUUUCGAGUUUCUUUGACUUUUAUUUAGUUGUAUGUGGAUAAAAUUAUUUUAGUUAAGUAGAAAUAUUUGUAAAACGUUCUUCAUAAGUUGUACAUAGUAGUAAAAAAAUAAAAUUAAACGCAACGUAUAGUAUUUUAUUUUAUAUAUACGUGGUUAAAGAACACAUUUUAAUCGUAAAUUUUAGGCAUUGAAAAUCACGUAGAACUGAGCUUCGCUCAGAAUCCUAUUUAGUAUUUUCAAUGAUUUCUCGAGUUAUGAUGAAUUAUAUGCAUUAUUUUUCCAAACUUUCCACCUAUAUAAGUGUGGCCAAUACAUCAGUAGUACUAUCUCUUUUUUAAGGAUUUUUUAAAUAUUAACGAUCUAUAUCUGAAAUUAAAUAAUAUUCUAAUUGACGGUUUUGUAUUCUUUUUUUUUAAUUUUGUUUAUCGAAUUUAAGUCGCCUCAAAACAAAAUCAAUACUGUAUUGUUAAAAUCACUGGGUAUAGGGUAACGAUAAUAUUUUAAAAAAUAUGUACGGUGUAAAUUGAAUAUAAAAAAGCUACCGGGACAUUAUAAUAUAUCAAGGUAAUAAAUCGACUUACGCAUAAAUCUUGCAGAACGAAUUGAUCCCGCAUUAUAUUAUUUUAAAACAAAUGAUACAGGCAUAUAGCGUGAAAAAUAUACGCCAUGCUUACAAAACAAAUGUCACGUGAUCGAAAUAACGAAAUAUUACAUCAACGAUUGAUGGUGAUUUCGCGUCGAAUCCGGUACAGUCGUAUUUCAUAUAUUCAGAGUUUUUCGUAUAUAUAUAAAUAUACAAACAAAAACAAAAAAAAAAUGAUCAACUACAUCGAUUUAUUAUAAACGAAUCAAAAGUCAUGCGUCCGUUCUAAGUUUAUCGCUUUUGGAGAUGCGGUAGAAAAUGACAGUAUUUAUACGGCAGUUACGUGAAGCUGAUACAAAAGUCGAAGAAUAUUCAAUAAUUACUUGUUAUAAUGUUUUCGGCAAAGUUAAACAAAAUUAUUCAAUUUGGUUAUAGCAAGUUCACGUGUCCAACACCUCACUUGGCUGUUUAGUUGAACAAGACAAUCCACCCGAUAUUAUUCACACGGGUUUUUUUGGGGUAUUUUGUUUUAUAGUUGGUUAGAAAAUGUUGAUAACAAUUUUAAUUUUUUUAAGGCUGGAAUAUUGGCGUCGUGUCACAACUAAAUAGAGAAGUAUAACGGUUAUUAUUUAACGACAGAAAUUCAAGUAAAAGGUCACUGACUACCUGUAUUUCAAUCGUUUUGUAAAAAAAAAAAUUAAUCUACAAAGAAUUUAUUUAAUUUUUUAAGACUUUUCGCCAACAAUGCAUUUCCAUAUAAAUACGUAAUAAUCUAUGGCGUUUAGAUUUUUUUUUUAAUCGUUUUGUUCGAUUUAUACACACUUAAAUCACCACCGUCGGUGCAUUUUGCCGAUUAGAGAUUACGAUGAAUAAUAUUAUAAAUUAGUGAUGCAACGUCACGAAUAAUUCUAGGCCGGACUGGUAUUCGUAAUAAUAAUCGAACCGCAUUAGAAUAUUUGACGUUUAGAAUCGAACGGGGAGUAUUGAAUAAUCGCAUAAAUUCGCUUCACUUAAACUCUGGUUGCAGCAGCUGGGUAUAAUAUAAGAUCGCGUUUCCGAGAUAACAGUAAUAGUGUUUUUGUUAUUAUGAUAAUAUUAUAACUCAUUGACCCGAAUCGCGUAAACAACGGUCGUUAUAGUUAUCGCCAGCAGUUAUCGGCAUUGAGUCAUCUACGGGAUUUAUACAAUUUGCGCAACGGUGGUGUACUGGUGUAGGUGCUGAUCUGAUACCAGGAAACUUUAACAGUGUCCAUAAAAUACGACUAUUAUGAGUAUAAUAUAGUGACGAGAAGUAUCUACGGGAAAACACUGGUAUGUAUCACUCAGGUGUCGUAGUGAUUGUAUUGCAGAAUUAUGUCAAUGGUGGCGCUUUGAUUGCUUGUCACAAAUUUACAACACCGAUAGCAUAUUAUGAUUUUCGAGGAAGUUAAUGUCUUUAAUGUAAACUUAAAUCCUAAUUGAUGAACAACCAUGGCAGGUUUAGAUAAAACGGGAAAAAAUUAUCCUCAUAUAUGGUCACCGAAUUCUAAUCAAACAGUUUAUUUAGGUACCUAUACCUACCUAUCUGGCCAAGUGGAGGACUGCAUUUUCGUAUGUAAUUCGUAUCAAGUAGAUGACGUUAAUACGCGACCGGAUAUGCGAUGACGUUUCGGAAGAUUUUCGGUAUAAAGGGAUCGGAAUUGAUUAUACUUGGCGACGGGAUACGCUUUUGAGACGCUGCAAAUGCAAAGUCUAUGCCGCGGUUUCCGAAACCGUCAGGUUUCUACUUCAUAUAUUAUAAUGUGUUAUGGGCAGGAAAUCCAAUUACAGUGCCACCGUUUUACAUGAUAUAUCGGUAUCAGUCGUAGGCGUUUGACAGAUUUUAGCGAAUGGUAUCCACCCAAUGUCGACGCGAUCUCCGUACCAAUUUCCUGUACAUUAUUAUUACAUUAUCAUCGUGGCGUAGAAACCGAAAAAUAAACUGCUGUGCAGUGCGCAUGUAUAAAUAAAUCAUUCGAGCCAAUAGAAACGGUAUCUAUGCGAUUCUAGUGAUGUGUUAGUAAAACGGUCCUAAUAUUAAUGAGACUUCAUCAUUUUAUAAGAAAAUUCAAUUAUUUUGAUAGCUUAUCGUGUAUUUUAUCAAGAAUAAAAUAAUAAAUAAUAUUUUAUGAUUUGAAUUUAAAGAUGGUGCUUUUAGUUCAUAAUUCAUCGUUUGAUUAUAUGUACUAUGGUUGCUUUGUUCGUCGACCUAUGCUAGAAUUAUCAAAAAAUAGUCAUCGAGUUAAUUAAUCUUCUAAAUCGGCUGAAUUAUAGAUUACUAACGCUUGUGCGAGUGUGUGAGUAUAUGUUGAAUUAAGUAAUUUUGCACAUUUAAUAUAAAACUUAUAAAAUAUUAGUAUACAUUUAGUGUAAGGACAUAUUAAAUAUAUAGAAUUUUUUAAUUUUACAUUCUCUUACAUCGUCACACAAGUGCUAGCAGUCGAGAAAUCAACAAAAUUUGCAAGGGAUUCAAUUCAAAUGUUAAAACUUAGUAUGUUUAAUUUUGAUUUUAUUCCAAGAGCAGUAGGUAAACUAUACUUCAUCGACUAACAAAUUAUGUAAGCUAUAUAAUAUAUGAGUACUAAUGAGUUGCAAAUAAGUUGUUACUUCACGACCGCCGUGAACAUUAAUAUUUCAUAAUAUCGAAAUUAUUAUAGACUUUGUAUAAUAUGUACACACUAUUAUACUUAAUCCCGGGUUAUAAUAUUUCAGUUAUGCGCCGUCAGAGAUAAUAAAGCCUGUUAAGUAUAAUCGAAGUAUGAGUUUGCAUCGUUGUCGUCGAUCAAAUGGCCAAACCCGACCCGAUAUUAUUGUUAUCAUGCUCAAACGAUUUAUUAAAAUAAACAUUGAGAAAGAUAAAAUAGAUCAAUAAAAUCGCAGGCUUAUGCUUAUAGACCACGUGUUUUUUAAAUAGAGUAUUGAAUAUUUGAAUAUAAUACCAUAUUCCAUAGUACCAUAUUCCAAGUUCCAACUCCAAAUGCUAUAGCAGAAAUUUGUCAGAUUUCUCAGGUUCUGAAAAAAUACCCCAUUUUCAACAUGAUAACGCUUUUGUUGCUAAUCGGCUAAUCGACUAAUUUCUUCGCUGUGCGACCGUAGGCACAUUAUGUACCUAAAAUUUGUUGUCGGGGUAUUAUCUAGUACUAAUUUUCGGUCUAUCUUACCUUUAUUUUUAUUUCAAAGUUCCCAUUCACGUAUAACCACUCGUUCAGUCGAUUUUUUCAUUCCAUUAUACUUUACCAAGUAUAUUCGAAUGAGUUAAUUUGCAGGUUAAUAAAAUCAACCAAUUAAAAAACCUUUUUUAACUACGAUAUAAAUCUAUCGCAUGUGCAUGUUUUUAAAUUAAAUUUUACUGGGUAAUUAUUUUUGUAAUAAACAUAAUAAAUUCAAUUUGUAUCACAUUUCUUAUCGAGGACUAUGGUGAGUAGUAUAUUUAUUUAUUUAUUUAUAAACGAAUAAUAUACAGAAUAAAUACAAUAAUAGUAUAUACAAUUGUGUUUAUAAUCUCAUUGAAAAAGUCAACCACAUGAGUCUAUGGCUCACGUCGUUGUUAUAAACCGAAAUGUUCAUAUUCAUCAUAGCAUUCUGCUAACGAUCAAAAAUAAUUUUGAUACGUUUGAAUACAUAAUGGUUAGUUGAAAAUAUGUACGUUUUGAGUGACUCCUAAACUUUAAUUCGUAACCUUUGGCCGGCAACGGCCAACAUUUUUUAGUUAGCCGUUGGCCAGUGAAGAGAGACUAUUCGUGAUCGCAAUAUACUUUGUGUACGUUGACUUUUUCUAUUAAUUUACUUUUUUUUCUCUUUAUACACCCUUAGGUAUAUACUAUAUAACUGAUAUUCCUUGUUUUCUAUUGUAUACACAUAUGCCGUCACCUCGACAAUCUCCUCUCCACCCGUUUAAAGAUUAAAAAACCUAUAUAUCCGUCAACUUGGUCGUAUUCCCCACUACUCGUCGUAUAUUAUACAUGAAUAUCACGUAGUAUAAUAGUAUGGUACCUAUAUAUUUUAACGUAAUGUAAAAACAUAUAUUUUUUUUUUAACAUUCCGUAACGCAAAAAUUUAAAUUGUAUUUUUAUACUCCCGCGGUUUUUUGUUAUAAAUUAUCGUUUACGUAAAUUCGAUAAAACCCCUUCCUCCAGUAUCUUAUUGUUUGAAUAUACACACAAAUAAUACUUAACCAAAAAUACAGCUAGAAUAAUAUAAUGCGCUACGAUUGCGGGUCGUUGGAAAAUCGUAUUAUCCGCGAGAGUCGAUAGCGAAUAUUUUUGUUUGCGAAAUGGACUUUCAAUUUCGUAUACACAGACGUGUUUUAUAUUAUUAUUGUUAUUAUUUGUUUUCACGAACGAUCCCAAAUAAGUGUAUAUACGAUCGUUUUAAAUCGGAAAAAAACGUAAUAUUGUACGGACGGGGAGGGGAGUUGGGGAAACGCAUGCGGUUGUCGUUCGAUUACGGAUAAUCGAAAUGUCGGUCGCGCAAGCAGUAAAAUUGUUUUCGAUUUCCAAAGGAAUUGCAUAAAAAAAAAAAAUAAUAAAUAAAUAUAUAAAUAAAAAUUGAAAAGAAGAAGGGGAAAAAACAAAAAUCCCAGGUGAGGAGGUGUGGGAAAAAAGGCGAACGUAAUUGCGGUGGCCGUGUUUUCCGCGUUGUUAUGUACCUACACAUAUAUAUUAUGUAGGUAUAUAAAUAUAUAUCAAAGGAUGUCGUAUCCGUCUACAUUAUCGGUCGAGGAAAAAUAUCGAAUUACUGGCAUGGCGGUCCGAAGUCAAUAAUGAAGAAGAAAAAUCACUGUGAACCGUAAAAUACGCCAGUGGGUGUAUAUAAUAAUACACACACACACACACACACACACACACAUGCCCUCGUCAGCCUUUCCGCAAGUGCAUUUUAUAUAUUUUAUCAGUGCCAUUUAUCACGUUAUUAUUCCAUGGGCUUUUAGCGGACGGAUAAAAUGCCGCCGUGCCUCUUCCUCGUCGUCGACUGCGCACAGUAUCGUGCGAAUCCGACAGAUUAAUUUACCUAAAAGGUUUUCCGUUUUACAAUUUUUCUUCGAAAUAGUACCUACGUAUAUAUAUUACAACACCGUAAUAUUAUCCACGACCGUUCGAUAUAACAACGACAACGAGACGAGACGGAAUCAAACUCGGCUGCUGCAACUCAUUGCCUUGACGUAAUAAUAUUACAAAAUAUAAAAUAUAAAUGAAAAGGUCUGGAAAAAAUAAGUGUUGCGCUUUUGACGACGGGAAACGAACCACGGAUUCUAUUUGCCGUAUCGGAAUUUAAUUAGGAGCGCAAACAUUUAAGAUAGGUCACUUCACAACUACGAGGGGAUUUACGGGAGAAUAAAGUGUUGAACGUGUAUAUUAUACGUCAUAUUAUUAACACAGUUACCUCUUCUACUCGUACUAUUUAAUACUAUUAAUCAUUGAUAAUACGAUGGGUAGGUAUACAAUAUGUAAUACGAAUCAUAAAAUAUAUGUUACCGAUGUGAAUUCUAUACGAGAUACAACCAUGUCUAUUCGCAUUAGGAACUUGCGAUGAUUUCGGGCUAUUCAUUAUUCUAUUUUUCUAUGACAGAGGAAAUAGUUGGGUGUCCAAAAGAUGACAAAAAAAUUCAACUAUAAUACAUGAUCUCGCCGACGGAAAUUAAAAACGCCAACGCUGAAAUGUAAAACAAAAACUAAAACUUGAUAAAUGUAUGGAAUUUUCAAUAUAGGUCGCUUUUUGAACAUCGAGAGUGCGUAGUAAUGGUUUCUAAAAAUAAUAAUGGUGAACGACUUCAGGAAAAUAUGCCUACCAUUUAAACGUAAUAUAUGGUUCCCAAACGAUUAUACAUACAUUUUUUUUUUUUUUUUUUGAAUGAUAAUUAUUUCGCGGACAAAUUCUAUUUAACACGAAAUUAGAAAAUUCGGUAGACCCCCCCACGUGAUGUAGGUCCCGGGAAUUUCGGUUAUUAUAUUCUAUACUACGCCGCGUCAGUGCGCGUUUUCGUACUUCAUUAUUAUUAUUAUUAUUAUUAUUAUUAUUAUUAUUAUUGUUAUUAUCAUCGACGAACGCUUUCGCCGGUGUUUCGUGAAGGGUGCAGCGAGUAGAUGUAUACGCAGUUCGGUCGCGUACAUAAAGUUUGUCUCGAACUGUUUAACCUCCCAACUGGGGUAUAAUAGUAUAAUACCUCCCGUCUCCUCUACCGAAUAUACAUAUAUACGAGUAUAUACCUAUAAGGUUGCUCGUCGAUAUAAUACCGGAACGCGCCCGCCUUAAAUUAUGUAAAGUUAAUUUGACUCUUUCGCGAAUUAUAAACGUCUUGUGCACCCGAAGGGCUUUAGAGAGAUCGCUUUUCUCGCAGACACGGUGUGCACAGCACAUUAGCAUAGUGUUUCCGAGACGGAAAGUCAUCGUAUCGAUUAAAAUAAGCGUUUUCAUUAUUUUCCGUGAAUUGUCAUGACCCAACGGCUGAUUACUAACAAACAAUAAAAAUAAAACCCAUUUUACACGUUUACGCGUCAGUGACAUAGUCACUAUCACAUAUCGUGCAAAUACAUUUACUAAAAAAAAAAAAGUUCUCUAAUUUAAAACCGAUCGAUUUGGAUAAAAAAGUUAAGAACGUGACAUAAAAUCUAUAACAACCUAUAAAUAAUAUGAACAAUAGUUAAUAAUACGACAAAAAUGAUAUGAAAUAAACAACUCAAAAAAAAAAAAAAAUGUAUAAUAAAAUGUACGUAUAAAAAAUUAAUUAUUAUUAUUAUACAAUUUUUAAUAACUUAAGACUUUUAUAUCCAAGCACCGUAAACAUAUUUAUUUGGUUAAAGUUUAUCUGGGUAGAUGUGUACAAAAGAUACGACGCUAUUAUAUUAUGUGAAUGAAAAAAAAAUACACGAUUUUAAACCAAAACAAAUGUCUUAUAUAUUAUUUAUUAUAUUGACUAGCUGAAUUUUCCGGCAUUUCCUUUCAAAAAUAGAAAUCAAUAAAAUUAGAUAACAAAAACCGAUUUUUUUUUUUUUUUUAAUUUCAUCUGUAUCACACCAAAGUAACCUAGAAAUCAACCAAAAAGUUGAGAGCCACAUUCUGGGAGGUAAAUAUGGGGUCAAAAAUUAAAAAUCAAAGUUCCUUUUAUUUUAAACUUUAUUAAGAUCGAAAUAAAAUUAUAGAUUUUAAUAGCGGAUAGACAGAUAUACAGACACUGUAUCAGUUUCGUGUUUGAUUAUUUUUAGAUUCCGAACGCAUAUAUUGGUUUUACUGUGACGCGUAAUUUAUUAAAAAUGGUUUUCUGUCUAUAACAAAUUUUCUGCCAAAAAUAUUGAAUCCAGACAAAAUACGACAAGAGAGCAUUCAAAUGAAUGGCAUUUCACAACAUGUUAAGUCGAACUUAUACACGUAUUUAAAUUAAAUAACUUAUCCUACCUUCUCAACUUUUUUCGUUUUUGCGCCGUGCCUAGAUUACACUCGAGGUCGUAUAAUUUUGGCGUUCUCGGAUGCAAUAAUUGAUCACUACUUUGCAAAAUAUAGAUAAUAAUGUUAUACGCGUUGUUCUGGCGUUAUAUGUGUUUACGGCGACGUGUAGCUUCUCGUGGGAUAACAUUUUCGAAGGAAAUAUUAUCACAAAGAAUUUUGGGUAUAUACGACCAACAGUCAGUCAACACCACCGGAGGGAAUCCUAUAACGACGACGCCGCCGUCACCGGUGCGGUUCGUUGGGUUCUCGAUUCGAUUAUUUGGCAGUACACCGCAAUUUCCCGUUUCUGCAGCGUGGCAUGAGAUUAAAUCCGCGGCGGCCGACGAUGCGACAAUAGGCGGGGAAACUAAAAAUAAAUACUCCAGACGAGUAAAGGAGUUUUUUUUAUUUUAUUUUUUGCACACCUCGUAAAAAGCGUCCUCUCGGAUGUCGAAAAACAAGAUGUAGAUUGCGGGUCGCGUGCCCGAAAUUGGACAGUUCGGAAUAACCACCCUCGUGAGCUGCUUUAACGGUGUAGAUGGUGGAUUUACUGAUAUCCCCCCCCCCCAAUCGUCAAAAAUUAGCAAAGUGGACAUUCACACUUGAAAGGUAGACUAAUUUUUUCCACAAUUUUUUUAACUAUGGUCAAGUUUUGUUUAAUUUUAAAAGUAUCGGCAGAUUUGCUUUUUGCAAAGAUCCAGCAAGAACCAUCGAGUAUCGGGAUAGAAUUUUUAAAUGUGUAUAAUACCAUAUUUUAUGCUAUACUCGAAUAUCGGCGUUUAUUAUUGUUGCUUUUUGGUCGCCUUACAUGGGGUGAAAAAAACGAAUUUAAUAUUUUAUAGAAAGUCAACUUUGAUAUUAUCGGGUGUAUUUAAUUUGAUUGGUUAAGUAAGAUUAGGUUUAUAAGUCCAAAGCCGGACUGUAACUAGUAAACAAUUUAUAGUCAAGUUGUAAUUAACUUUUGAUCAAUUUUAACUAAAAUAGUUUAGAAGGAAAGCCGUAUAAAUAAUCUAAGAAAAUAAUUUUAUUAUUUCUUAUGAUAAAUAAUUUUAACUUAACUUAGUUAUUUUAUUAAAAUUAUUUACAAAUUCGUUGUAAAAUAAUCGUUUUCCUAAAAAUGUAUAGCUUAUAAUUUAAUCGCUCAAAUUCCUUUCGUUUUUAAAACUAACUUGUCUCAGUGUUUUUUUGAUUUUUGUUAUUUUUUUCAUGAACUUAGACUCAAGUUUCAAAAAAAAUUAACGGUUUAUUUAACCCAGCUUUUACCGUGUCCGACAUCCUGUAAUGUAAAAUCAAAUAGAUGUACGAACGGCGCUGAAAUAUUUUCGUGCGCUUCAGCGUAUUUUCGCUAAACCAUACAAAAUUAUUUAUAUACGUAUAUCCGUGCGAAAUUUGUUAUUUUUUUUUUUUCCAAAUCGAUUUAUUUUUCGUCGAUAUCCUAUUAAACCCGCCUACACAUAACGCUGGACGAUACAACUACCACGUGUGUACACAACACACCACCGGAAAAACCUUUCCGUCGGCUGAUUAUUCGUGCGGUGGAAAUCGUCCGCGUACGUAUGGAGACUCGAGAAUCGUGGGCCCGUUACGCCUUACGAAUCCGAAAUGAGCGGGUGCGCGUUUCCGGAUGCAUACGAUGUAUACGAGCGAUAUUAUAUAGGGAGGAACGACGUGUAUCGAUCGACUUCCGAGUCGACACGUACCUUUGCUCGAAAAACACGUCCGUACGGGAAUCCGGUACAGAAACGGCCGAUUUUUCCGCUAAAUUAAAUGUCGGCCCCAACGGAUGACGCGUCUUGCCGUGCUAGCUCGUCGGAGCGCACGCUAGUUUUUGAUCAUCGUAAUCCAUAGAUGUUAUUGUUUUAUUUUAGAUUCUGAGAGAAGGAAUACGUGUAGGUUUUACAAUAAUGUUUAUUUUUUUUUUUUAUUUGUAAACAAAUUGUAUACAACUAUAUUGCCCAAAAUUUACUAUGAUAGUACUUUUUUUGAAAGGAAAUCUGACUGGGGUGGUCCUUAAAGAGGUGAUUUUUAAAUUUUCCCAAUAAACAAAAAAAAAAAAACGUAGGAAAAACGGGAAAAUAGAUACAAUAUUAAACAAAUAUUAUAAAAUAAAAUAUAUGAUACAUAUGCAAUUCUUUUACUAUAACAUAACGUAUAUAUUGUUGAAAAGCAACACGAUAAAUCGAAUUUUGUUCAGAAUCGUUUUUUUCAUAAUCAAUGGUUAUUCGUUGCGUACAAACAUCCAUUAAAUUCCCGUCUAUAUCUUACCUUUCCAACUUCCCAUCUACAAUAGUGACUGUACCCGUCCUCAUUAUCCUAGGACAGCUUUUCUUUUUACUAUAUAAUAAAAUUAUCGUAUAUUUAAAUUCCGGGACGUCGCGAACGACAAUCCGGAUCGAUUCGGAUUACGGUGACCAAUCCAGAUAAACGGAACGAUUCGAUUCCGUAGAUAAUUUAAAUUAAUCUUUACGAUUUAAAAACGACAUUGUUAUGCGACCAGCCGUUUAAUGGUGUAACGGUACGAAAAUCAUUUUGUAUUUCUAUCAAUAUUAUUGCGUUCAAUAUUCGGAACGAUGGUUGAAUCCAUCAAUUCAAAUAUCAAAUCGAUCGAAUAUACGGAUCCAUUGAAUAAAUGUUUUUAAUCACACUGUCUACCCGGCGUAAGUUCAGAGGUGGCGCAUUUCAGAUAUUAUAUCACACCUGUUUAUUAUAUUAUAGUCUUUCGGUCAAUAUAUUAAGCUGUGAAAACGACAAUUUUAUGGUCUUGUAUAAACAAAACCCGAGAACCUUAGACAUUUUGCUACCACUCCCCUCCGCCCUAUCACGAGUCCAAGAGGAAUUAUUAACUUUACCGAACACGGUUUGCCUGACCCUCCUCCGUCGAAAAGUUCUGCCGCCGCCAUUGCGGAACGUAUCGUGGAUGGAUGGGAGAAGGAAAAGGGAUCGAUUUUCUUACCGAAAUUCUCUCGUGUAUGAAGGGGGAAAGUGUAAACCAAAAACACUCUGUUAUACAGUUUGACCUGAAAGAAAAAAAUAACGUCGCACGAUUGCAAAUAUAAUAACAUACGUAUAGUACAAAGUGUGCGAGUUUCGUCCGGAAACACAAAGUUCAUAACGGUUGAGGUACAUAUGUUUUUGUACAAACUUUGCGGUUACUCGAGACUAUCGUCAUAGCCAUUAUGUGUACGGAUCAAAGUUUGUUACUUUAUCGUUUUACGACUUUUGUCUCGCCCGAUGACGGUUAUGUAGAGUAGAUGGAGGAGGUGGGAAACUGAAUCCAUCUCAACAAAUCAUACUAAAAUCAGUAUAAUGAUAAAACGCAACCAUGAGGUGAUAAUAGUGUCUUUACAAGAAAAAUAUACAUAAAUAAUAAAACGGUAAUAUAAAAAGUGUACUAAUAUGGACCUUUUAAACUUCCCAUAUCUAAACAGGCUGUCCAAUAUCAGCCUAAUUAUUAAUUACAGUACGAAGUGUACGACCUGGUUUCUUUGUUGUGCUAUAUUAAUCUUAAAAAAUUUCACCCCACGAUAUUUACUCCCCCCCCCUUCACUCUUGUAAAAUUGUAUUAAGUAAGCUAAUAUACCUCUACGGUAAAAUAUCCGGGUAUGAAAUUUCACUAGUGAAUAUUAACCCUCGGUAAAAGUUCACUAGAAAAACUCACUCAACCAGUGUGAGUGUAAAAUGUAACUGGAUAAAUUUAACCGAUAUAGGGGAAAAAUUUGACUAACCAUUUUAGCAACCCGUCUAAAAUAUUUUACUUAGUAAGUACAAUUUCACAAUUGGCUCCCCUAUAAUAAUAUUUUACCAAGCGGGGCGAGUAUUAUCACGGGGGUCAAUAAUCAGUGGCGUACCGAAAUGGUAUAAAAUGACAAAUUCAAAAAGUCUUCGCUCGGUAUUUUAUUGGGUUUUAUAGGAAAAAAGUAUAUACUGUUUGUAUAUUGUCACAGUGUAAAUACAAUGUUAAUAAUACCAAAAAUAACACGACGAAUAUUUUACGGAAUUCGCAAACAUAACAUUUAAAGUAGACUACAUCACUAAAGUGGAAUGAACCUAUACAUAUGUAUGUAGGAUGUAUAAUUUUUUUUCCCCCAGAGGUAAAAUAGUUGUUACAAGAAGCAUGUAUGCUCAUAUAAACUGCGUUAAAAAUCUGAAAGAUGUAGAUUAAAUUGUUUAGGUACUCCAGUCACUCUGACUUUUUUUUUUUACAUAUUGUAUAUUAUUAUACCGUUUACUUGUAUUUUUUUUCUAACGAGUUUUUAAGAUUUUUAAUAUUUUUAAUGGAAAACUAAUGUUAAUAAUUUAAUCAAAGUAAAUAACUGAUGAAACUUGCUUUAUUUUGUACAUGAUUUAAAUUAUUUUUAAGAUCUAAAAUAAAUUGAAAUAAAAUCAAUUACGUAUAUGUUUAUUCGUAUAAAUCAUUUGCAAAUUUGAAAAAUUAAUUUAUUCAGUUUACCGAUUUGCCGAUUUAUUAUAAAAAAAACUAUAAAUUAAAUUUAACAAAAUAAUUAUUCAACUGGCGAAAUCUAGAUUUCACAUAACGAUUGUGUGAUUAAUGCAAUUUAACAAUCGAUUUAUUAGUCCAUAUCCAUAUAAAUUAAACAGAUUAUCUAUUAUUUCUAAUUAAUUUAUAGACUAGAAUUUCCAAACAUUCAUCUGGACAGUUCAAUAUUAUGCCGUUACCGUUUAUCUCUGAUAACUAUUUUUCCGAUUAUGAUAAGAUAAAAGGUGAAAAUAAAUCCAAUAUCCAGGAUAAAUAUAACAACGCCGGCCGUAAGUCGGAACGGGAAUAAUAUUCAAUCGCGGCGGCGAUCACGUGCGGGGGUCGUAACAGGCGGUGUAAGGGACGGGUGAAAAUGGCGCAAUGCCGAUGGGAAAUUGAGCCCCGUCGAGUCGUAUACGUAAUGCGGUACGAGUACGUGCCUAUACAAUACUGAUACGUAAUGGCGGGGAAGAACAUCGUCGGCGUUCGUCCGUUCGGCGGGAGUUUACUUUUUGGAUACGGUCCCCGGGCCGCACGGGAGCUGCCGCGUUCGACGUUUUUAUAGUCCGCGCCACUGCUUACUCGCGAAAAUGAUUUACGAGUGCCGGCCGGGAUGUACGGUCCAUAGAGCAGUUACGCGCUCCCGCCCUACACCGCCCCAUCACCGUUCAAUAAAUACACGCCCGAUGAUCGAUAAUUUAUCCUUUGAAACAAAGGUUCCCAAAGCGGUCCGACUCCAAACUGCGAGGGAUCCGUGUUAGAGAUUAAAAAACAAAAAAAAUUGAAGGGUAUACGUGACGCGCUGUACGCAUAGAGAUCGAGGAGAGUAAUUAAACUACACGUAGAUAUUUUACGGAUAUUGUUUGAAAAUUGGAUAAUGUCAAAUUUUCGUUGAGUAAAUCCGAUUUUGUCUCGUUCAUUUUAAUAUUACAGUAAAUCAGCCAAUUGACAAUCUUAAAGGCAAAAACAUUGGCUGUGUUUGUACCUUUGGUAUUUGUCUAGAUGUUUCAAUUUUUUAGGUAGAAAUGAUGAUUUUUAAAUUGUAAUAUUUCAAAUAAAAAAAAAUCUUCUUACAUAUAAUGUAAUGUCAAUGAUUUGAGCCAGAAAUUGGAUUUAUUGAACGAAAUGUUGACAUUUUUAUUUUAAAACUGCUCAAUCCGCAGUAAAUCUUGACCGAGUAGGUGGCUCUGUGUCAACUUGUUUGAAGUUCAUAUAAAAUAUAAGGAGGGAAAUAUUUGGCACGUGGUCUACUACGAGACAAACAAUUUUGGAAAUCUUUUUUUCAAAAUGUUUUCCAUAUACAAUGAGUUAUAACUACGAUUUUCGCGUUUUUCCAGUGGAUAAAUAGCUAUAUUUUUUCGCUCGACUGUCGGUAUUGGGGAUUCAUUGUUGCAAUUAUUGAACAUCGUUUUCGAGUUUUUAAUUUUAAAUACAUUCAAAAUUAUUUUUAUUUGUUAAGAGGAUAUGUUUCCGUAUGAAAUUCGUAUGUAAAAAGUGUUUUGGGUGAGAAAAAACUACUCGGACUAUAGAUACACAAACUAAUAAAUCGAUUUUUUCCCGUGAAAUAAAAAUAGAACUUGCAUCGUACACUGUACACAUAAACCAAAAGAAAGAAGAAACUGCAGGAAUUGUAUUUGACGGAUUAUGGUUCUUUGGAUUAUCUUUACUAUGAUAAAUAUUGGGAUUCAAUCAUAUCCUCUGAUCGUAAUAAAAAUUUGAUUGUAUUUUUGAGAAAUAUUUUGCCUUGAUAAACAGAAUUGUUAUUAAACAAAUUAUUCAAACGUAUCCUGUACACACCUAAAAAACAUAAAUAAUCAUAACAUGUUUUUUAAAAUUUAAAUCUAAUCAUAGGAAAACAAACCCUAUUGUUUGUCUCAGGCUUUUUGAUCUAAUACGUCAUAUUUUCCGUUAAAAUGGUUAUACCCUUAAAUGGGUACUAGGUAGUUAAAAAAAUCGUUUCAUUGAGAAAGUUAUUAAAAUGAAGAAAAGAAAUUUUAAAUUUUCCAAUAUUGCAAGAGAAUAUUUGGAAUCCCUUUGCAAUUGUUAGCAAAUUAUUAUAUACUGUUUUUUGGAGAUUUCAAUUUAAAAUGUUCAAAAUUAUCUGUAUCCAUUAAGUAGGUAAUUAUUGAUUCGGCACCUCGUACACGGUUUUUAUACGUACAUUUUUCUACGCAUCCAAUGUAGAAAGCCGUUGCAAUUAACGAACGCGAAAAGCGAAACGAUCAGAAUAAACGCCGCGAAACACGUAGAGCGCAAUCGUUAUUGUCAGUUGUAUGUAAAUUGUUUUUUUUUUAUUUUGGUCACUACUCUUAUAUAUUAUACUCCUGCAAUUUCAUCAUCGAGAGAGCGCCACGAAACCGACAUCACUGUGUAUGCGGUAAUCAUGUAGUGCUUAUGUGGUUCAAAUUGACUCUAGUAGGGAGUCCUUAUAAUUAAUGUGACUCCCUAAUGGGGUCAGAUUGAAACGCUGCAGCCCAUCGUCGUUGUCAAGAACCACUGCUGCUGUCAUCAUCGCGGAGGAUUUGUGCGGGGUUUUUUUUUUAUUACAAACAUCUUGCACGAUUUUGUUUUUAUAAAUAUUGUUAGUAUUUUAUGAUAAGGUAUUUAUAAGGACAUGUGUGACUAAAUAAACAGACAUAUCAGCAAAAUUAUUUGUUUUUUCCUAUCAUUGAGGAAGUGCCUCAGCUUUGGAAGGAUCACGGUACAAUAACUAACUGUUCGAUCCAUCUUAGUCCGUGGUUCCGUGCACAAUAACCGAUUAAAAACCGAUUUUACUUUUAAUAAUUUAUAUCCCCGUGGUUUUAUCGUGUAUUCUAAGUCUAGGACGUAUAUCAUGUGUGCAGAAUGAUUUUGCUGACAUGUUUGUUUAGUCACAAUUAUAUGGGUGAAUCGAGUCCCGAAAACGCAAAUCAGCGAACUUUGGUCUGCAUUAAUAAUCAUGUAGGUCAUAUUUAACAACCGCUAAACUUUUCCCCAUAGGUAUAAGUAAAAUCCGAACAUUCGAAUCUGAAUCGUUUCAAAAAACUGUUUGAUUACUUAUCAUUGACCAAAAUGAAUGGUUUCACAAACGGCGAACAAUUUCGUUUUAAAUAUUUGAAAAAGUCACAAAAUAUAUACUAUACCAACAUGUUUUAUAAAAAAAAUAAAUAAUGUUUAACUUUAUAAAACAAAAACAAACGGUACCCGCACUAAAAAAACCAAAAAACAAAACAUGCUUUACUCGUAAAUAUCCCGAAGAAUAAAAAUGCCUGAAAAGGAUAAAAUAUUGUAUAAUAUUACAUUACUACGCGUCUUCCUAUUAUAACAAUUAUAUUAUUGUUUGAAAAAUAUUUAUAUAUUUGUCUUUAAAAAAAAAAUCCCGAAUUUUAUACGGUUUUCGUGAAAUUAUUAUUCGCAAAAAACCGGUCGUGAUUUGAAUAGCAUAUAUUUUUUUAUUCGAUAUUCCCGGUUUUUCUAUCGGAUAACGCGUAUAACAAAUAAAAAAUAGCUGAUACAGUUUAAAGCGGAAUGUUAGAGAAGUGCAUUGAACUAUUCAAUGUAUAUGCAAUCAUUUAUGAAGAAAUACGAUUCGAAUUUCGAAAAUGUUUUUAAAUACCGUAUUUUUUACGAUUUUCGUCAAAAUUUGAACUUGAACAGCAAUUUAAUUUGACUCGAUUCGCCCAUUAACCUAUUACUGUAAUAUAAAAACAAUUAUUGUACCCGGUACUAAUAUAUGACGUACCGUCUAAUAAUAAUUCGUCGCACCGUAUGUCAUACCGCAUGUGGUUACCGGUUACCCUUGGUUGCCGUCACUGUUCGAUGACAUUAUCAAUAUAGUACUUAGGCGGCAUAACGUACGUUAAUGCGCGCAAACGUCACGAGGGGAGGGGGGAAGGGUCGGCGUAAAACGCUAACCGAAUAAUUUCCCGGGUUAUUAUCAAUAAUUGUACGACGAAACGAAAUCAAAGUGUCGGUCGGCCUGUGAAUAAUUGAACGAUUAAAAUUGCCGCGCCGGGUCGCCUGUCAAAUUAGUCGGCGCGUUUUUGAUCGCCGCUCACGAAUAUUUAACGCGAGCGCGCUCUGCGCUGCUGUCUACACGGAAUACCCAUAAUAUAAUAUGCAUGUAUUAUUUACAUCAGUGACUGUUUUAUUCGCGAUCCGUUUCAAUUAAAUAACAAUAUCAAUAAUAACAUUAGAGGUCGAACCAUACGACGUGUGACUCUCCGCGGAAAUAUCAUUACCGCGACCGCUAAAUCCGUCGUAAACGUUUCGACUGCGGUCGCGGUUGGUCACGCACGAGACAAGCGCAAUAUUCCGGGAAAAUAAUCUCGUACCUUACCGACGAUGUUCACCGUCGAAAAAACCAAAACGGCUUCCGGCUCCGUCACAGGGACGAGGGAAUUUUCCGCCAGCCGACAUUUGGCGGAUCAGAGUUUAGGUAGGUUAUCUCCAGAUUCGGAAUCAGGUGUACGCAACAUGCAUUGAUGAUUUAGCCUCCGAUCAUCUUUGUUUGUAACCCGUUAUUUGACGGCAACGCGAUAGGCGUCCGGGGCAGUGAGAUUUAAACGAUUUUAGGCGGUGUUUCCGACAAGAAAUCCGAAACAUUAAGGUUGGGGAAAGUAAGGAAGACGUUCAAGUACGGUUGGACUCCGCAUGCGGACGGACGAAGGGACAAUUUCGGUUUUAGCUUCAAGGUGUAAUAUUUUCGAAUACACGGUGUUCGCGAAUAAGACAAUGAACCCUCGCUCCUCCGUUCCCAUUAAAACGUUAAAAACGGCAAUUCGAUUGAUUAUCGCAUAGUACGUGCUCUGUGAAAAACGAUUUGAAAAGGCGCGAAAAAUACCAGAAACCAAAAAUUUACUGGUUUAAACUUUUUGAAUUUACAGUGAUAAACGGCUAAAAAUUCGUGACGUUUGUGUGCAAACAAUACGUAUAAUUACGUCAAAAUAUUAUUAUAAUAAAAGUUUGUAUAUUUUUUUUUUUCACAUAAACCCGCUCGAUUCCUGUCGAAUUUGGAACGGACGAAAGUCUUAUAAACACAAAAAUGUGUAAUUUGUAUAUAAUAAACUAUUAUGUUUAUUUUUUUUUUUCUACGAUUUUUAUGUAUUGUUAUGUGUUGUAAAAUAUUAUGUAUGAUUUUUCUGUAGCUUUUUUAUACUGACGACGCGAACUCGGUUUAUGUGUUUCGCGGUGAAUUACACGAUAUACGUACGGCUUCGGAAAUUACGAUACGAUUAUAAAUGACCAUCGAUUAUAUAUUUAGAUGUAUAUAAUCGAAUUAUGAACAUCCGAUACAUGUAUAUAGGUACACGAUAAUGCUAUUAUAAUAAUGCAAGGGGUAUUUCGGCGUAUUAUAUUUGCGCCGAGACGACGAUGCGUUUAUGUUAUAAUAUUAUUAUGUUUGGCGUAACGACAAAUCGGACCGCCAGAGAGCAGUGGCGUGUUAAACUGCGUUUGCUCGUUAAAAGAAAUCGAGAUUUUUAUAAACUGACCGGGGGGGGGGAGGUCCUUUCUCAUAUACAGGUCUUUCCCUACUCCUGUUACCUGUUUUAACGUUGUGAUUUAUCAGGAGUUUUCUUAUCGGUAAUUAUUCUUGUUCGGGUUUAGAACCGGUCUAAUUAUUUUCCUUGUACAAAAAUAGAACUAGUUACACCAUUAAACAAAUAUAUCAGAUGUCUUAUACCCACUAAUCUAAAACUAGACUGAGUCGCGAUAUCUGAGACCUGCACUGUUAGCAUGCGCCACUGCGCCAGAGUUCGUAUUUUUUUAUUAUUAUAAUAUUGUACCUACGUACGCGCGUAUACUUCAAAAAUGUUAUUUUUUUAAUCCAUCAAUUUGUUGUGACUGUUGCCGAUUGUGCUAUUGCUGAUUACUGAUGAAAUGUUACAUUAACUCCAAUUUAGUGUUAUACCAUUAUCAUUGACUAUCGGCAUAUGAUAUCAAACAUAAUAAUAUUUUAUUUGCAGUACCGGAAUAGCGCUGGGUAAUCCUAGGCACUCGCCCUCGACGUUAUGGUCAUAGGAAAAUGCAAAUUGUUGUCUAAAACAGAAAAAAAAAUGUCUUGCGUGCCAGUGAUUAUGAACUAUAGUGGUAUAUUUUACUUUCUCAGAAAAAUAUUAGAGGGUUCAAUAAUUACUAGUGGAAUUUUACCAUCAAAUUUUUCCAGUGAAGUUUCACUUCCCCCGUUCAAAUUUCUUUAUUGAAUAUUUACCUCCGGGCGAGUAGAAUCGCACACCCUGAUAGUUAACGAAGGGAUUCAAUUUUCGACGUUAAACUGGCACUGAUAAUAUUUUCCCAGAUAGUUGCUGGAAAAUAUUAUUAUUUUCUUCAUACAAAAUAAAUGUGCAAUUUUUAACGCUAUCGUUAUAACGAUGUUUUCUUCAUAACACCACAAUACUAGUAGAACCUUUUGAUUGCAUUGCGUAAUUGUGCAAACAUAUUCAAUAAUAAUUUUUACAUUAUGUUAGGGCGUCUAUAUAUUAUAAAACACAAUGCGUAAAGAUUAUAGUCGUACUCGUAUGUCGGGUAUGCGUAUCGAUUGCAGCAAAACAACGACAACGUUAAUUCCCGACAAACUCUAUAUUAUAAUACGCUAGAUACAUCGUUCGUAACAAUGACGACGAGCAAAAAAAAAUAAAAAAAUUCUAUAAAAAAAAAAAACUAGGAACGUGUCUGUUCGGGCGUGUUAAUCGUACGUAAUACGUACACGAUUGUGCUGUACGUAAUAAUAGACCGAAAACGUUUUUGCCCCGUAAACCGCCUCGACAUACGGUCGAUUCGCCGCCGGUCAAGUUUCAAAGUUCUAGGUCGACGCGAGAGGUGCAAAUAUCAGGGGAGGGGGGGAGAGGGGGCGGGGCAAAAGUCACGGACGGCAAGUCAAUCGUGAAACUGGAACACAUCGAGAACAGACGUUCGCUCUCCAACCUACUCCCCCCAACCGCCCCACCCCCGCGGUGCGUAAUAUACGCCCAGAGACUCGUGUAUAUAUUUAGCAGUGUUGAUUUAUCGUCUCGAUAACAUCGGAUAGGAGGAGUAGGUAUAUAUAAAUAUACACACGUCAAAUUUUUGUUAACCACUGGGCGCCAUCAUUCACAGCGCAGAAAACUCCGGUCGGAUAAUAUUGAUGCGCUUUUCCGACCGUAUAUCUAUAUGUAUAUAUUCAAUACCGUACGCGUAAACUACACGAUUUCCGACCCUCGGCCGUAAAAAUAUAUAUAAACAGUCUCUCUCUCUCUCUCUCUCUCUAUCAACCCGCACGCGGUGUAAUCGCGAUUCCGGGGUGGGUACGUCGAAUAAUAAUAAUCGUUGGAAAAAACACACGCACACAUAGGCGCGUGCGCGUGUCUAAGUGUGUAACGAACGAAAAAAAAAUUUAAAUAAUUUUCCCAUAUUUUAUCGGGAACGCGCGUAAAAAUAUUAAUCGGCAGUUGUAUAUUAUAUGCAAAUAUUAUAAUUUAAUAAUAUAUCACAUAGGUGGAUUAAUGUAUCUAGGUGUUGUAGGCACGCUUCAUAAACGGCUCCGAUAUAACGAAACGCGACGUUUUCAUUAAACGUUUAAUUCAAUUCGGGUUUACGUGCGUAAUAUAUGAUAAUAUAUUAUUAUGUUACGCGGCAGUGUUGACACAUUAUGUUCCUACGUAACGCGGUAGGGCGAUAUGAUACCUUCGUCUAGUAAACGUUAUCGGAAUAUUAUUAUCACGUCGUCGUCCGCGUCUUCCCGACCAAAGAUUUUCGCAAAAAGUACAAAUUUCAUAAACGGGGUGGGAGGGGGUCGAAGACUCGGGAAAAAAAGUUUUCAGCUUUUCGGGUUUGCCGGCAAGGGGAACGAGUCGUGUUAUAAUAUCGGAAAUGGUCGUUCGAAUUCAUACGAAUGCAGUUUUCAAACCGUGCACAAUGAUAACUCAAGUAUAUCGAUAAGAAGGGAGGUGCUGGAAAUAUGACCUCAUACAAACUACUUACAAUAUAUUGCCCAGAUAAUUUGGAGAAAUCGUUGGUUGGAUGGCUGGGAACUUAGUCAUUGUCAUAUUGAUAUAGUUAGUAAUAGAAAACGAUAAUAUUAUGUUUAAAAUAACAAAUUAGAAUAUAAAUGGUAACUAAUAUGUGUUUUAACACAGAACAGUAUGAUUAAAUAUAAGAGUAGUUUAACGGCAUUUAUUUUCAUUUUUGUAUUUGGUAAUUUCCCAAUGCAUUCGAUAAUUAAUAUUUUGGAUUCCAAUCUGGAAGCCCAAUUGAAAUUUGUUUAAUUUUUUUUUUUUUUGGAAGAAAAUCGGGUCAAGGCAUUUUUUAAAAAAGCUUUUAAGUCUAUUAGAUACCUAAUGGAGUAAAAUUUUGCUUACUGCGUGUCCACAAGAAAAUAAAAUGUAAACUAUUGAAUAAGUAAAUUUGUAACAAAAUAAUAUAUUUUAUGUACAAAACACUCUCGUUGGUUGAGAGAAAAUAACUGAGGAAAGUCUAAUAGUUUAUCAUCGUGAGAUUUUGUCUGUCUGCUCGUGGAGCUUAUUUUUAAGAAGGUGUGGAAUUAGAGCCCUAAACUUCCGAACUAUAUACGCCAACAGUGGUUACAACGAUAAGUUAAAUGGAUUAAAAAUGCUGCACAAAAUGUUUUCGGUGUUCUAACAGUAUAAUAUACUCUAGCUCUAAUAUAACUGUUAAACCAAACAUCAUUUGACCAAAUUAACGAUGACCAUAUUUAAUAUGUGUUUGUGCAGAGUAAUUUGUUUUUUUGAAUUUCUUUUCAUUAUACAAUUUUAAAUCAAAAACAGGAAAGCAAUUUUCAAUAACACUGAUAACACUAUCUAUAAAAAAAUACGAAAGUUAUAAGAUUCGCUAGGCAAUGAUAUCGUUUCACGAUUGUAUUAAGAAUGUUAAUAUUUCAGGUGUUAUAUUUAUGUAAUUGAUUUUUGGACAUGCACGCAAUUUUUGGUAAAUACGUAGUCCCCGUCGAAGUUUUUCCUAUUUCCUGCGGUAAUAAACUUACAUUUAAAUUUCGGGACUUUGAAGAUCCUUCGAAAAGCCGUUAUCCCGACCGCACUACCCGUGUUUAAACCCCUGCAUUUUCGUGAGAACCCGACGGCGAUGACGCAUGGUCAGACGAGAGAAAUAAAAUAUUAUUAUUUUAUGCAUUACAGUAUUACAGUAUAAUAUUAAAUUUAAACGGGCGAAUAUUGUAAGGAAACAAAAGGGAAAAAUUAUUUCGAGACGGGCGAAUUGACAAGGAUUUAAUCUUUGACGACGAUACGGUAGAGAUGGACUUGUAUAGGGGGGGGGGGUUGAAUAAUGAAUGGAAAAAUUAUGUAAAAAUAACGCGUCGGACCGAAAACGCGAUGAGAAAGGAACCGAAGAAAGCACGUGUCUCGUCUCGUCUGCGGACUGUUUUUCUUUUUCUUUUUUUUUUUGGCGUGCCGAGUAUUAUUAAAUAGUCGAACCGGCCGCCCAGCCGGAGGUCUGUUUUUUCUCUUCUUCUUUUUUUAAUGAUUAACAAACGAACGCGGAUGAUGAUGUCCGUAUAAUUAGUUUUCCCAUUAAGAACUAUUUGGAUGGUGCAAAAAAAAAAAAUAUAUAUAUAUAUAUAAAAAACACCCUGCAGUCUGUGCGCCACCGCCGCCGCCCUUCCCCUCCACGCCACUGUUGACGACCGUCUUAUUCCAACGGCUGUACACAAUAUAAUUAAUUAUUGAUCGAACAUCAAAAAACGUUUUCGGUAACGAUGGUAUAGCUAAUUUUUUCGUUUUUCUCGCGCACAACAAUAUAAUAAUAAUUUAUCUUAUUAUCAUAAUAAUAAUUGUCGUCUUUUCGUUUUUUUUUCUGUUAUUCGGUCGCGCAGUACAACAUUAAGAAGAAGGAAGAACUACCGGAACCGGUACCAGAGGAACCAGCCAAUCCGUUGAUGCGCAAAAAGAAAACGCCCGAGGAACUGGCCAAAGAGGCUGAAAUGGAAGAAGAGGAUGAAUUCACGAGUGAGUAUAUAUAUCCGAUUUAUUUUUAAUUUUAACAUCUUUUUUUGGUCUUUAAAUAUUUAUUCUACCAGAAAUCUUGCUUCGAACAUCAAGUGUAAUAUUUUUUAUGAAUAAUUCGGGAAAAUUGUUGGACAAAUAGAAAAAAUUAUGGCGAUAUUGGUUUCUGUUAUUUUCAAUUCAAAUGUUUUGUUUUAAUUUGGUUAGACAAAACCAUAGAAACCAGAAGUGUACAUAAAAUACUUACAUCACCUUUUUCUUGAAGUGGUCAAAUUUUUAAAAUAUUCUGUCUAUUUUUGAGAUAUUUAUAACCAUUUAUAAUUGUUUUUUUUUUUUUUUAUUUUGAUUUUAUGUGAACACAAUUGUUAUAGAAAUACUCUAGAAAAAUUAUGAAGAUAGAUAACAAAAAAAAAAGUUGAGCAUUCGUGUGCACAUUUUAUGGGAACCGUAUAAUUCAUAGCAUAUCAAAACAUAUGUUUAAACGAACUUCGCUCUUGAAUCAACGACAAAAAGUCGCAUUAUAAUUAUAUAAUAUUAUAGACUUUUUUGUGUUUAUUAUACAGAAAAGAACAGGAUCCAAACAAUGUGUUUAAAGUUGGGUGAAUGGUCUUUUUGGAGCGCAAACAAUAUUUGUGUCCAAGAAAAUCGGUUUUUGGGUAAAAAAAAAUGGAACGUGUAA